CAAAACUACACGGUCUACACCCUGUGUAGUUUUGUUUUUGGGUUAUAACGGGGCCCAACCGUUCUCUCCUUGGAUUUUCUGGAAACUUUUUGGAUAAGAGGAUUGUGUCUGAGGCAGUAGCCACCUGGGCACUGUCCCAUCAAGUAUAGGCACCCUUGUGAAACAAGGUGCCUUCUGCCAUGUCAACACAAGCUCCAACAUUUACACAGCCGCUUCAGAGCGUUGUAGCACUUGAGGGUAGUGCUGCAACAUUUGAAGCUCAAGUUAGUGGUAGUCCAGUUCCAGAGGUGAGCUGGUUUCGUGAUGGCCAGGUUCUUACUGCUGCUGCUCUGCCCGGCGCUCAGAUCUCAUUCAGCGAUGGCCGCGCUGUUCUGAUGAUCCCUGCUGUGACAGCCGCACACAGCGGAAGAUUUUCUGUGAGAGCCACCAAUGGCGCUGGACAAGCUACUAGCACCGCUGAACUACUGGUUACAGCUGAAACUGCACCACCAAACUUCAUUCAGAGACUACAAAGUAUGACCGUGAGACAAGGAAGCCAAGUGAGACUGGAUGUUCGAGUUACAGGAAUCCCUACACCUGUGGUGAAGUUCUACAGAGAGGGAGCUGAGAUUCAGAGCUCUGCUGACUUUCAGAUUGUUCAAGAAGGAGAUCUUUACAGUUUGUUGAUUGCUGAGGCCUUCCCAGAAGAUUCUGGAACUUAUUCUGUCAAUGCUUCUAACAGCAGUGGACGUGUGACCUCUACAGCUGAACUUUUGGUUCAAGGUGAGGAGGUUGCAGUGCCUGCAAAGAAGACCAAGACAAUUGUGACGACUUCUCAGAUUUCACAGGCCCGCCAGACUAGAGUUGAAAAGAGAAUGGAGGCCUCUUUUGAGUCAACAGCCAUGAUGGAAAUGCAAAUAGAGGAAGGUGAUUUGGCUCACAAGACACCCCCUCGUGUGCCUCCAAAGCCGACCUCCAAGUCCCCAACCCCACUGUCAGGGGUGUCAAAGGUUGCAGCUACUCGCCAUCAGUCACCAUCCCCUGUGAGGCCUGUUAAAGCCCCUGUUCACACACCUUACAGGCCUUCUUCCCCUUCAAGACUGUCUGUGUCACCUAUCAGACCAGUGAAGUCUCCAGUGACUACACACAAACAAGCUGCACAGGGUGCAGAUGUUCUACCUCCAUGGAAGCAGGAGGGUUAUGUGGGAGAGUCUAGCUAUACCAGCAUGGCAACUGAGGCCUCGUAUGUCCAGACCUCCUCUGCUUUUGUCCACAAGGAGCAGCAAUGGGAAGGUUCAUUUGCUAUGCAGCAACAAGUCAGUGGAGCCUCUAUUGUUGAGACUGCAGCAAUCCCAUCCCACACAAAAGAGCAAAUAAUGCCACCAACUAUUGUGGCUGGUUUGAAGAACGUAACUGUUACUGAGGGAGAGUCUGUGUCUCUGGAGUGCCAGAUUUCAGGACACCCCACUCCAGCAAUUAUGUGGUUUAGAGAGGAUUACAGGAUCGAGAACUCCAUUGAUUUCCAGAUCUUUUAUGAAAAUAGCUAUGCAAGGUUGGUGAUCCGUGAGGCCUUUGCUGAAGACAGUGGUCGCUUUACUUGCACUGCUACCAGUGAAGCUGGAACUAUCAGCACCUCCUGCUACCUGCUUGUCAAAGUGUCUGAAGAAAUUGAAAGCCGGGAGGAUUUCACUACUGUCGCUGAGCAUGUUGAAAUGUCUGCUCAUGAAAGACAGGUUGCAGUUAAAGCCAGAGAGGAGACUAUGUCUGAAAUUAGUGCUGUCUCUGAAUCUGUGGAGGCUGGAGCAGGUGUUGCUCCGUUCUUUGUGAAGAAACCUACAGUGCAAAAGCUAGUGGAGGGAGACAGCAUAGUCUUUGAGUGCCAGAUAGGAGGCAGUCCCAAGCCUCAUAUUUACUGGAAGAAGAGUGGAAUCCCACUCACUACUGGAUACAGGUACAGAGUGGCCUACAAUAAAGACUCAGGGGCAUGCAAGCUGGAGAUCUCCAUGACAUUCUCAGAUGAUGCAGGAGAGUACACCAUCCUUGCCAAGAACUCUCUUGGAGAGACCUCUGCCUCAGCCAUGCUGCUCGAGGAAGAGGCAUAUGAGCUGUAUAUGAAGAAACAGGAAGAGACAUUUAAGACAGAAAUAACUACUAUAGUUGAGGAGCCAAAAGUGGCUGAUGUACCUGUCUUUGUUGAGAGUGUAGCUGAGAAAGAGCAGAUGCUCAUGCAGAGGAGGAUGGCUCAACAAACCCAAAUGAUGCAAUCCCUAAUUUCAGAGCAGGAGUUCCAAAUAUCUACUUUUGAGCAGAGAUUCAUCCAGGAGAUUGAGUUCCGUCUACUCAAAGUUACCUACCAGCAGCUGGUGACUGAAGAUGGGGAGCAGAUGGAUAUGAGUGUUUCUGAGCAUGAUGCUAUUUCUCCAGUCUUCAAUACUUCAGUUAAAAGUUACAGACUCAGGGAGGGAAUGAGUGCAACUUUCCAUUGUAGGAUGACAGGAACCCCACUCCCUAAGAUUUCCUGGUACAAAGAUGGCAAGCGCAUUAGCCAUGGAGGACAUUAUCAGGUGGAGGUUCUGCAGGAUGGUAGAGCCAGUCUGCGCCUUCCUGCAGUGCUGCCAGAAGAUGAGGGUGUCUACACUGCUUUGAUCAGUAAUAUAAAGGGCAAUGCUGUCAGCUCUGGAAAGCUCUAUGUAGAGCCAACCGGUGUUGCACAGCCACAGCACCCUCAGCCAGAGGCAGUUCAAAGAAUCAGGUCCACAUCACCACGCUCUACAAGCCGUUCUCCUGGUCGCUCACCUGCUCGUAGACUUGAUGAGACAGAUGCGUCCCAGCUAGAAAGACUCUACAAGCCUGUGUUUGUACAGAAGCCAUCAUCCUUCAAGUGUUCUGAGGGACAGACUGCAAGAUUUGAUCUGAAAGUAGUUGGAAGACCCAUGCCUGACACCUACUGGUUCCACAAUGGACAGCAAGUGGUCAAUGACUACACUCACAAGAUUGUGGUAAAGGAAGAUGGAACUCAGUCAAUGAUUGUGGUUCCUGUCAUGCCUCAGGACUCUGGAGAAUGGACAGUUGUUGCUCAGAACAGAGCUGGAAAGACAACAGUUUCUAUGACACUCACUGUUGAAGCAAAGGAAAACCUGGUGAGACCCCAGUUUGUUGAGAAGCUGAGAAACAUCAGUGUUAAAGAGGGUACUUUGGUUGAACUGGCUGUUAAAGCCAUUGGCAAUCCACUUCCUGACAUUGUCUGGUUGAAGAAUAGUGAUAUUGUCUCCCCACACAAACACCCAAAUAUUAGGAUUGAUGGUGGAAAAGGAGAGGCUCGUUUCCAGAUUCCAUCGAGUACAGGAUCUGAUAGCGCAUGGUACACUGCUACAGCUAUUAACAAAGCUGGCAGAGAUACCACACGCUGCAGAGUCAAUGUUGAGGUAGACGCAGUACAACCUCAGCCUGAGAAGAGGCUUGUCAUUCCCAAGGGUACUUACAAGGCCAAAGAAAUUGCUGCACCAGAGUUGGAGCCACUGCAUCUUCGCUAUGGUCAGGAACAAUGGGAGGAGGGUGACCUCUACGACAAGGAGAAGCAACAGAAGCCACACUUCAAAAAGAAGCUUACCUCAGUCAGGCUGAAGCGAUUUGGACCUGCACACUUUGAGUGCAGGCUCACCCCUAUUGGUGACCCAACCAUGAUUGUUGAGUGGCUGCAUGAUAGCAAGCCUCUAGAAGCUGCUAACAGACUGCGCAUGGUCAAUGAGUUUGGCUAUUGUAGUCUUGACUAUGAAGCUGCUUACUCCAGAGAUAGUGGUAUCAUUACUUGCAGAGCCACCAACAAGUUCGGAGUUGACCAGACCUCCGCUACACUAAUUGUUAAAGAUGAGAAAAGCCUUGUUGAGGAAAGUCAGCUCCCAGAGGGAAGGCGAGGACAAAGAAUAGAUGAAAUGGAGCGUAUUGCCCAUGAGGGCGGCCCCUCAGGAGUUACUGGAGAUGAAAUCUUAGAGAAGACCAAGCCAGAGAUUGUGCUUCUUCCAGAGCCAGUAAGAGUCAUGGAGGCAGAAACAGCUAAAUUCCGCUGUAGGGUGACUGGCUACCCUACCCCAAAAGUCAACUGGUACCUCAAUGGACAGCUCAUCCGCAAGAGUAAACGAUUUAGACUACACUAUGAUGGUAUUCACUAUUUGGAAAUCACAGACUGUAAGUCCUAUGAUUCAGGAGAUGUCAGAGUUGUGGCUGAAAACCCUGAAGGUGUUGUUGAGCAUGUUGUGAAAUUUGAGAUUCAGCAGAGGGAGGAUUUCAGGUCGAUCCUGCGUCGUGCGCCUGAGUUUAAGGCCCCUGCUCCUGCACCAGUACAAGAGCAUGGCAGAGUCUCCUUCGAGGUUAUCACAACAGAGAAACCAUCAGAGUCCACUAAAGAACCCAAGGAGGUGGUCAAGCUGAGGAAAACAGAGAGAGUGAUCCAUGAGAAACUAAAAGAAGAGACGGAGGAACUAAAAAGCAAAUUUAAGCGUAGAACCCAGGAGGGCUACUAUGAAGCAAUUACUGCAGUAGAGCUCAAGUCCCGCAAGAAGGAUGAGUCUUAUGAGGGUAUGCUAAAAAAGAGGAAAGAAGAGCUUCUUCAUCAUGCUAAAGAACUAGGGCUUGAUGCUGAGAAGAAGAAAGAAGAGGAGCGUAAACUCACUGCCCCCAAAAUUAAACCAGAGAAAAUAGUACUCUCUCCUAGCAUGGAGGCUCCAAAAAUCAUGGAACGGAUCCAGAGCCAGACUGUUAGCCUAGGCGAUGAAGUACAUUUCCGUUGUAGAGUCACUGGCAAACCAGAUCCAGAGUGUCAGUGGUUCAAGAAUGGAAUCUUAUUGGAUAAAUCAGACCGUGUGUACUGGUAUUGGCCAGAGGACCAUGUCUGUGAAUUAGUGAUCAAAAAUGUUGCAGCUGAGGACUCUGCAAGUGUCAUGGUUAAAGCCAUGAAUGUUGCUGGAGAGACCUCAAGCCAUGCCUUCCUGUUGGUUCAAGGCAAACAAGUUGUUUUAUUCACGCAACAACUAGAAGAUCAGAAUGCUAAAGAGAAGGACUCAAUGGUGACCUUUGAAUGUGAGACAAAUGAGCCAUUUGUCAAGGUCAAAUGGCUAAAAAACAAUGCCGAAAUUUUCUCAGGAGACAAAUACAGAAUGCACUCUGACAGAAAGGUACAUUUUCUGUCUGUGCUGAUGAUUUCUAUGAAGGACGAAGCAGAAUACAGUUGCGUGGUGGUUGAUGAUGACCACAUAAGAACAAAUGCCUCACUUUAUGUUGAAGGUGCACCACUUGAAAUUGUAAAGAACCUCGAGAAUACAGAAGUGCCUGAGACAUAUUCAGGAGAGUUUGAAUGUGUUGUGUCCCGUGAGGAUGCUGAAGGUACCUGGUAUUUUGAAAACAAACAAAUCACUCCUAGUCUCAAAUAUGUUGUCACUGCACGCCGUGGUCGCCAUGGUCUUUCCGUGAAAGAUGUUAAGAAGGAGGACCAAGGAAAAUACACUUUCAAAGUGGGAGAUUUUAAGACGAGUGCCUCCCUUAAGAUGAAAUUGCGCCCUGUAACUUUGAUGCAAGGUCUUUCUGACCUGACAAUCUGUGAGGGUGAUAUCGCCCAGCUCGAGGUGCGAUUCUCUCAGGAAAAUGUUGAGGGCUCAUGGAUGAAGAAUGGUCAAGCUAUCUCUGCUUCCAAUAAGAUUCACAUGGUCAUUGACAAAGUCACCCAUAAGCUUCUCAUUGAAGACGCCAAUAAGGAUGAUGCAGGAAUGUACUCCUUUGUUGUUCCUGCUCAGAACAUUUCUACAACUGGAAAGCUAACAGUUCAAACAAUUGGCUUCGUUAUACCACUAAAGGACGUAUCCACGGUGGAAGGCACCAAAGCUGUCCUUGAGGCUAAAAUCUCUGCUACUGACAUUAGCUCAGUAAAAUGGUACCACAGUGACAAAUUGUUAAUGCCAAGCGAUAGAGUCCAGAUGGUUGUCAAAGGAUCCAAGCAGAGACUGGCCAUUAGCAGGACCUAUGCAUCAGAUGAAGGACAAUAUAAACUGAUUGUUGGCAAAGCAGACUCAACCUGUAAACUUUCUGUCCAGAAAGCCACUAUUGUUAAGCACAUGGAGGACUGCGUUUGCACCGAGACCCAGAAUGUCACCUUUGGGGUAGAGGUAUCUCAUCCUGGCAUUGAUGCUCUCUGGACUUUCAAGAAUCAACCUUUAAAGGCAGGUGCAAAGUACAAGAUUGAGGGCAAAGGUACACACUAUAGCCUCACUGUUAUGAAUGCCAUGAAGGAUGAAGAAGGAGAGUACGUUUUUAUGGCUGGUGAGAAGGAAUCCAGAGCAAAGCUAAUUGUAUCAGGUGGUGCUAUAAAUAGGCCACUCCAUGACGUAACUGUAGCAGAAUCCCAGACUGCUGUGCUGGAGUGUGAAGUUGCUAAUCCCACUACGGAAGGCAAAUGGCUGAAAGAUGGCCAACCUGUUGACUUCAGCGAUAAUGUUAGGAGUGAAAAUAUUGAUGCUGUCAGACGCCUUGUCAUUGUCAUCACCAGGCCACAGGAUGUUGGAGAGUACACCUACCAGGUGGCAAACUCCAUGACAUCAGCCAACCUAAAGGUUGAAGCUGUUAAAAUCAAGAAGACUAUGAAGAACCAAACUGUUACAGAGACUCAGGAGGCAGUCUUCAGUCUUGAACUGACCCAUUUAGAUGUGAAAGGAUCUCAGUGGAUCAAGAAUGGUGUUGAGAUUCAUCAAAGUGAUAAAUUCGAGAUUACAGUAGAAGGCUAUGUUCACACCCUGAAGAUCAAGAACUGCAACACUCAAGAUGAAUCAGUCUAUGGAUUCAAACUUGGAAAACUCUCUGCUAAUGCCAGACUGAAUGUUGAAACUAUCAAAAUUGUGAAAAAACCUAAGGAUGUGACAUCACUGUUGGGUGCCACUGCCUCGUUUGAGCUGAGUUUGUCCCACGAUGACAUUCCAGUUAAGUGGAUAUUCAGUAAUCAAGAGCUCAAACCAAGCUCAAAUAUCAAAAUACUGUCUGAGAGGAAAGCCCACAAACUCAUCAUUCAGAGUGUUGAAGGCCACAUGACAGGAGAAUAUAUUGCCAUGGUUGGACAUUUGCAGUGCAGUGCACAUCUUCAUGUUGAAUAUUUGAAAAUCGCAAAACCUCUAAAGAAUAUUGAGGUUCCAGAGACCCAUGUAGCCACAUUUGAGUGUGAGGUUUCACAUUUCAAUGUUCCAUCCACCUGGCUAAGAAAUGGAGUUGAGAUUGAGAUUAGUGAGAAGUAUGGAUUUGUGGUGCAGGGCAAGGUGCACCAACUGAAAGUCGUGAACAGCAGCCAAGAGGACGCUGCCGAAUAUUCAUUUGUGUGUGGGAACGACAGAGUCUCUGCUAAUCUGACUGUUAAAUCAAUUCAAAUCACUCCCAUGCUUCAAGAUCUCAAUGCUAAAGAAAAAGACAUUGUUACUUUUGAGACGAAUGUCAACUAUGAAGGUAUCACCAACAAAUGGCUGAAGAAUGGAGUAGAGCUCAGAUCCAGUGAUAGAUGCCAGAUUCGCUGCAAACAAUUGACUCACUCUCUCACUAUCCGCAACGUUCAUUUUGGGGAUGCUGGAGAGUACAAGUUUUUGGCUGGAUCUGCUGAGACCUCAGCCAAACUCUUUGUUGAUGCUCGUGUAAUUGAAUUCACCAAGCACAUUAAGGAUAUCAAAGUAACUGAGAAGAAGAAGGCUAUCUUUGAAUGUGAGCUCUCUGAACCCAAUGUCCAAGUGAUGUGGAUGAAGAAUGGACAGGAACUUGAGUUAUCUGACAGGUUCAAAGCCACCACUGAAAAAUUCCUGCAGCGACUUAUUAUCCAGACAGUGCGCAUGUCUGAUUCUGGAGAGUACUCUGUGGUUGCUGGUGCAAGUGUUUCUAAGGCAAACCUCACAGUGGAGGGCAAGGAUGUCCGCAUCUCUGAGCCCGCUGAGAAGGACAUCACUGUGGUUGAGAAACAGAGGGCUACAUUUGAGUUUGAAGUUAAUGAGGAUGAAAUUGAAGGCCGCUGGCUAAGAAAUGGUGUUGAAAUCCAGUCUUUUGAAGACCGCUUCAGCUAUUUGACAGUUAGAAAGACACAUCGCUUGACAAUCACUGAAACUUACAGAAGUGAUGCUGGCGAAUAUACUUUCAUCGCGGGAAAGAACAGGAGCACGGUCAAUCUACAUGUCAAGAUCCCAGAGCCUCCUCAGAUCAUCAGGGACAUGCAGCCUCUGUCUGUUGAGGCUGGCAAGCCUGCACGCUUCUCUGUGAAUGUGACAGGAACUCCUCAGCCCCAGGUGACCUGGUAUAAGAACUCUCAGGCCCUGUCUUCUGGUUUCAAGUGUAACUUCCUAAGGGAGGGAAAUGAGCACAUAUUGUUGCUCAUUGAGGUCUUCCCAGAAGAUGCAGCUCAGUACAACUGUGAAGCAAAGAAUGACUAUGGAGUAGCCACAAGCUCUGCUGCACUUAAUGUUGAAGUGUUAGAAGUGGUUUCUCCGGACACUGGGGCUCCAGUGUCUCCACCAGUUAUCAUUAAAUCAGUGCAAGAUAUCUCUACUGAAGAAGGAGAAUCAGCCAGAUUCCUAUGCCGUGUCUCUGGAGAUGAUCUGACCAUUACCUGGUACUACAGAGAUAGGGAAAUUGUGCAGUCUGACAAUUACAAAAUGUCCCACUUUGAUGAUAGCUGCCAGCUUGAGAUCUCCAGAGCUUAUGCCAAAGAUGCAGGAGAAUACUUGUGUGUUGCACGCAAUUCUGGAGGAAUGGUCUCUUGCUCUGCAGUUUUGACGGUUAAUGAUCUCAGUGUGAAAACAGUAGAUAGUCAAAGUGUUUCGCACACUGGAAUAACUCAUUCGGAGAUGGUCACCUCCCAGACCACAAGUGAGACUCUUUCUUCCACUAUGCAAACAUUUGAAACUGUGUCUACAGUGAUGAUGUCGACAACAUCUGUAAAAAGCAUAGAGGUUCAACAAGUUACCUCUGUGGAAGAAUACUCAACUGGUCCUGUUUUGACCCUGAAAAUGAAUGAUCUCAAUGUCAACCUGGGUGGUGUGGCUCAGUUCAACUGUUCCUUCAGUGGACAGCCAUUUACUGAAAUUGUAUGGGAUCAUAAUGGAAGGAAAAUCACAAAUACAGAAAGAGUGCAGUAUGUACAUCAAGGAGGGGUCAUAUCUCUCAUCAUAUUCAAUGUCCAGCUUGGGGACCAGGGAAGUUACUGCUGUACUGUUAAUAAUAUAAAUGGCGAGAAUCAAACAUCUGCGCAGCUCAUGGUGGAAGCUAAAGAAGCGAGUCCCAAAGAAACCCCUGUACCCUCUGAUUCUAUCAGUAAAUCUUCUAAAACUGAAAAUGAGUCAAGUAAAAAGGCCUCUGAGCAAGAAAAGCAGGAGUCCUUACAGAAUGUUGGAGACAUGACAACAAAGUGGCAGAUAAGCCGACAUUGCUAUCCUGAUGUUAUACCUUUGUUGGAGCGUGACAUGUAUGAUGCGAUUCAGCCAGAUUUCCUUGUGAAACUGUCCCCAGAAUUCCCUGCCAAACAAAGGGAGAGUGCUUCUCCUUAUUAUAUAAUAAAAGGAAGCCCCUCUCCGUUCAUUGUAUGGCUACACAACCAGUUGAUUGUUGAAGAGCCAAGGGUGUACUCCUUGAAACAUGAUGGGCCCUUGUACUGCUUAAAUGUAAAGAAUAUCGGUUCUGGGCAAGGGAGCGCAUAUUCUUGCAAAGUUAUCAGUGCUGCAGGAGACAAAACAUGCAGCCCUCAUCUCAGAGUGAAGACAGUUUUCAAAGUGGAUGAAGAGGCCAGUUGUAAAGAAGAAGCAAGAGCGCCUCCAGUUUUCAAGAGGAAGAUUAGUGACAUAGAGUGCAACAUUGGCAGCCCUGUGAAGCUUGAAUGCGAGAUUUAUGAUGCACCCAAUGUGACCUUCAAGUGGUUCAAGUCUGGCUCAGAGAUUAGACAGAGUGAAAAGUACAGGAUCAUCAGCAGACACAGCACAUCAUCUCUGGAGCUCCUCAACCCAACAAAGGCAGACAGUGGAGAAUAUACCUGCAGCGUCUCCAACAAGCACGGUAGUGACAGCUGUACAGCAAGCCUGAACAUCACUGCACCAACGCCUGUCUGCUUUGUGAAGAGACUGAGCAACCUUUCCAUCCCAAUGAGCCAAAAGUUGAGACUUGAGUGCACAUUCUCUGGCUCCCAAAAAAUAUUUGUCACUUGGUACAAAGAUGGCAAACAGGUGUAUGCGUCCUAUUGCUACAACACCAAAGUGACCAGGAACUCUUGUGUCUUGGAAUGCUUACACGAGUGUUCAGAGGAGACCACUGGAACAUACUCUUGUGAAAUCUCAAAUGCAUAUGGAACUGACAUUUGUCAUGCUCACGUGACCACUGUUACAGAACCUGCCACCUUUGUGAAGAGAUUGAUGGAUGUCUCCAUACCUAAGAGCAGCAAGUUAAGACUUGAGUGCACAUUUGUGGGAGUCCCCAAAAUGUUUGUCACUUGGUACAAAGAUGGAAAGCAACUUUAUGCUUCAUACAGAUACAACACGAAAGUUACAAAGAACUCCUGCAUCUUGGAGUGCCUUCAUGAGUGUAACAAAGACACUCCAGGAAGAUAUUCCUGUGAAGUGUCUAAUUCAUUUGGAUCUGAUUUCUGCCAUGCUCAAGUGAUGACAGUGAGCGAGCCUGCACGCUUUGUGAAGAAGUUGAGAGAUCUGUCUGUUCCAAUGAGCAAAAAACUAAGACUUGAAUGCACAUUCACUGGAGCCCCAAAAAUGUUUGUCACUUGGUACAAGGAUGGAAAACAGCUCUAUGCCUCAUAUCGCUACAACACCAAAGUCACAUCAGACUCCUGUACUUUGGAGUGUCUGCAUGAGUGCAACCAAGAGACUACAGGAAAAUACUCUUGUGAAGUUUCAAACACUUAUGGAUCAGAUAUAUGUCAUGCUCAAGUAGUGGGAGUUACAGAGCCUGCCCGCUUUGUGAAGAAGUUGACAGACACGGCUGUCCCAAUGAGUCAGAAACUGAGGCUUCAGUGCACAUUCACUGGAGCACCGAAGAUAUUUGUCACAUGGUACAAAGAUGGAAAGCAGCUAUAUGCCUCAUAUAGAUACAACACAAGAAUCAUUGAGAACACUUGUAUCUUGGAGUGUCUCCAUGAGUAUAAUAAAGACACUCCUGGAAAGUACUCUUGUGAAGUAUCAAAUUCACUUGGAACCGAUAUCUGUCAUGCCAGUGUAACUACAGUGACAGAACCUGCCCGAUUUGAACAGAAACUUAAGGAUAUACAAGUCGCCAUGAGCAAAAAACUGAAGCUUGAGUGCACAUUUACCGGAGCUCCAAAACUCUUUGUCACCUGGUACAAGGAUGGCAAACAAGUCUAUGCCUCAUAUAGAUACAACACGACAGUUGUUGGAAACACCUGCACUCUGGAAUGCCUACAUGAAUGCACUAAAGAUACUCCUGGAAAGUACUCCUGUGAGGUGUCAAAUUCCUAUGGAACCGAUAUCUGUCAUGCUAAAGUGACCACAGUCUCUGGGCCAGCUCAUUUUGUGAAGAAGCUCACAAACCAGAUUCUUCAAAAGGGACAAAAAUUAAUACUCGAAUGCUCCUUUACUGGAAUGGAAAUGCUGUUUGUCACAUGGUACAAGGAUGGAAAACAGCUCUAUGCUUCCUAUAAAUGGAACACAAAAGUAAUUGGAAAAACUUGCAUUUUGGAAAGUCUUCAUGAGUGUGACAGUGAUACUCCUGGAAGAUAUUCUUGUGAGGUUACAAAUGAAGAUGGAUCUGAUAUAUGCCAUGCUCAGGUCACCUGUGCGACAGAGCGCAAAAUUCCACCAACCUUCACUAAGAAACCCUCAGAGCACAUUGAGGAUGCCGAGGGCAAAUUGGUGAAGCUUGAGGCUCGAGUAGCUGGGUCACAACCUCUGUUUGUGAGCUGGUACAAAGAUAACGGAGAAAUAUGCACCUCUGACGCCUAUGAAAUUUCCUUUAUGAACAACAUGGCUGUGAUGUGUAUCAAAAAAUCCAAAGCCACAGACUGUGGCAUUUACACAUGCAACGCUUCAAACGAAGCUGGUACUGCCUCCUUCCAAGUGGUGAUUAACAUAAAAGAGCAAAAAAAGCCACCGACUUUUGACAUUCCCCUCAAACCUGUGACGGUGAAUGAGGGUGAAAGGCUAAACCUUAACUGCCAUGUCUCAGGCACUCCUCCUCUGAAGAUCCAGUGGAUGAAAGACCGAAGGGAGGUCACAUCCUCAGCUAGAACUGAAAUCACAUUUGUGGAUGGCACGGCCACCCUGGAGAUAAACCAGGUAUCCAAAACUGAUGCAGGAGGCUAUCUGUGCAAGGCAACCAACAUUGCUGGUAGUGAAUUCUGCAAGGCCAAAGUAACAGUAACAGAUAAAGCAGGUUCAGCACCUGCAACAACACCGGCAGCGCCCUCAGCACCUCAGCCAGUUAAAAAGCUUGACAACCUGUUCUUCAUUGAGGAGCCCAAGAAAAUUCAUAUUGUUGAGAAAGGCACAGCUACCUUCAUUGCUAAAGUUGGGGGUGAUCCCAUUCCUAAUGUGAAAUGGAUGAAGGGAAAAUGGAGACAGAUGACUCAUGGUGGUCGCAUCAACAUUCAACAAAAAGGCCAAGAGGCCAAGCUGGAGAUCAAAGAGGUGACCAAAUCUGACUCUGGUCAGUACAGAUGUGUUGCCUCCAACAAGCAUGGAGAAAUUGAGUGCAGCACAGACUUGCAUGUUGAUGAGAAGAAAGGGUCUGGGCCAGAGGUGGUGAAACUGAAGAAGACUCCAUCAAAGCAGAAAAGUCCAAAGGAAGACAAAGACAUUGACAUUGUUGAGUUGCUAAGAAAUGUAGACCCAAAAGAGUAUGAGAAAUAUGCUCGCAUGUAUGGUAUCACAGACUACCGGGGUCUUCUUCAAGCAAUUGAAUUUCUGAAGAAGGAGAAGGGCGAAGAAAGUGGAAGACCGGAAAGUGAACAUGGCAGAGAUGAUGAGGAUUUGGCUAAGCUUGUGUCUGAUUUGCAGAGGAGAAUGGAACACAGUGAACCUGUUACCAUCCUUAAUGACAUCAAUGAUCUGACAACGCAAAUUAACAAAGAGGCAGUGUUUGAGUGCGAGGUUAAAAUCAACUAUCCAGAAAUUACACUGUCUUGGUAUAAAGAUACACAGAAGCUAGAAACAAGUGAUAAAUACGACAUUAAACUUGUGGGUGAUCGUCACAUUUUGAAGAUCAAAAACUGUCAGACCAGUGACCAGGGAAAUUACCGUGUCGUUUGUGGGCCGCAUAUAUCCAGUGCCAGACUGACAGUGUUGGAGAGUCAUGAUCAUGUGCAGAAACCAUCACCUGCUGAUCAAAUUCAAUUCACCAAGCGCAUUCAAAAUAUUUUGGUGAAUGAACGCAAGUCUGCCACUUUUGAGUGUGAGUUGUCCUUUGACAACGCAGUCGUCACCUGGUAUAAAGAUGCAUGGGAGCUUAAAGAGAGCCCGAAAUAUACCUUCAGGUGUGAGGGACGAAGGCACUUUAUGAUUAUCCGUAAUGUAACAUCUGAGGAUGAAGGUGUGUACUCUGUGAUUGCGCGACUGGAGCCUGUUGGUGAAACUAAAAGUACAGCUGAGCUUUAUCUGUCAGGCAAAGAAAUUGAUUUAGGAAAACAUUCCUUUGAUGUGCCUGAUGUAUCAAUACACGUGCUUGAUGUAUCAUCUGUGAUUAGUUUUAAAGAUGAAUCCUCAGAAUUUCAUUAUGAAGAAAAAUCUGGAGUAACAGAAAUGAAGAAACCUGUUGAGGAGACAGUGACAAAACGUGAAGUAGAAAGGACAGAAGAGGCUCCUGUGAAAGAUAUGAGACAAAAAGAAGAAAAACCUGACACAGCCUUUGUACAGAGAGCACCAUUUCCUGAGAAAGAACUAGAAGUCAAGAAGCCUGUUGAAGAAAAAGUCAGCUUUGUAAUGGUGACAGAGCAAAAAGAACCACCCACAGCCACAGAACCUAAACCUCAGGUGCCAGCAGAUCCCAAAGAGGCUCCAGUGGUUGUGGCUAUACCUAAGCCUGAACCUAAGCCUGAGCCCAAGCUUGAACCAAAACCUGAGCCUAAACCUCAACCAAAAACUACACCAAAACCUGAGGCUGAGCUUAAGCCUGCAGUUACAAAGGAAGCUGAGGCACCCUCUGUCAAAGCACAAGAAGCUCCAAAGAAGCCAGAAGCUGCACCUCAACCAGCCUUAGAUAUAUAUAAAAAAAAUGAGGCUUUAACUGCAAAGCCAGACACUACUCAAAUUAAAGCUCUUAUGGAGAUGAAGGAAAUAGACACAUCAAAAUUAAAGCUAGAUAGAAAACCAGAGCCUGCGCUUGUUGCAUCUGAGCUAUCAAAGAAAGAAGUCUUUGCUCUGUUACAAAAUGAAUCCUCCAAAGAUCUCUCAUCUACACCUGUCUUCUCCGAGCCAUCAAGAGUAGAGUCAACUAGUCAACUAAAACUUCCACAAACCUCCACUUCAGAGCCAAAGCCAGUUAGAAAACAAGAAGUCACAUCAACUUCACUAGAGGCUAUUGAAGAAUCUGCAAGAAAGCAACUACCCCAAGAGGUUUCCAAAGCAGAAUCUGUUAGAAAGUUAGAGCCUUCACACAAAGCUCCAGAGUCACUUCAAGAAGAACAAGCCAAAGCUAAGCUAACCAAAAAAAUUAGUGAGCCUGCAGAGCCAGCACAUCCUAAGAAAGUGAUUCAAGUAAAGGCUGCAGAAGUACCAUCUAAGAUAAAGCCAGAGGCUAAAGCUAAAAUGGAGACUGAGAUGCCCCCAGCCAAAGUCUUUGCAGCCUCAAAGAGAAUUGAUGAAAUACCCCAUACAGAAGUAAGUUCUGAAGUAACUCAGAAAAUGCUAAAGAUUUUCAUGAUGGAGGAAAAGUGCUUGAGGGAGGACAUUGUGGAGAGUGAGUGUGAAGGCAUCCCUCAUCCACCUGAGGAAAUUUCAUCUGACCAAUAUCAUACUACAAGGAUGGAUGUGAGUCAUCACAGCAUGGAAUCAACUGCUGAAGAUGUGAUAAUUGAAACAGAGGUUACCUGGAAGCAUGAACAAGCCAGUUCUUUAGAGCUAAUGCAAAGUAAAGAGAUAACUCAGCUGAAACAGUCAAAACAGAAGAUGCAAACUGAGAAAAAGGAGAGAAAAUUAGAAAUAUCAAGCACUGAAAAAAGAGAUGAACAAUCUCUGCUUCCAAGCAGUGAGACAUCACUGAAGAGGCAAGAAAUUGGGCCAGAUAAAAAUAAAUCAAUGAAAGAAAUGUCACUCCAAAAGAGAGAUGUCACCCCCAGAACAGAGGUGACCAUUCAAAGGGACAAGGAAGAUCUCAAGAAAGAUACUAAGGCUUCUCCUUUAAAGAAGUCUGCCCAUGAAACCAAGAGAUCACAAAAGGAAACCCCACAGAUAUUACCAGAAAUAGCACCAAUAGUAGCACCAGAAGAGAAGGGAAUUAAAUUGAAGGAUGUGCAUAAAGCUUUUGAAAGAGACGAGAAGACCCAGGCUGUAACAACACAUGUCACAGAAGUUGUUUCUCCUACAGAAGAGCCAGCUGUUGAAAGGAAACCAUCUCCUGAGGCUCCAAAGCCAACUGUGGCUCCAGUUGAACAGAAAAUAUUGUCUCCUUCAAAAGAGCCAACUGUUGAAAGGAAACCAUCUCCUGAGGCUCCAAAGCCAACUGUGGCUCCAGUUGAACAGAAAAUAUUGUCUCCUUCAAAAGAGCCAACUGUUGAAAGGAAACCAUCUCCUGAGGCUCCAAAGCCAACUGUGGCUCCAGUUGAACAGAAAAUAUUGUCUCCUUCAAAAGAGCCAACUGUUGAAAGGAAACCAUCUCCUGAGGCACUAAAACCAACAGCAAUUCCACUUGAACAAAAAGUCUCUCCUCCUACAGAUACUGACAAAGGCCCUGUGGCAGCUCCUGGACCUGCUCCAAAAGAAACAACUAGCACUACACAAGCACUUCUUAAACAAAAGAGAAAAAUUAACAUCAAGGAAGAGGAAAAAUGUGAAAUCCCAUCCCUUAAGAAAGUAACUAUAAGGACGGUAGACCAUCAGGAGGAUCUUGAAGCUAUUUCGCUCAUGAAAGUCAACAAGAUUCAGAAAGAAGGACUACCAACAGAAGUGGGACCACUUCUCCAGAAGAUUGAGAAGGCUGAAAUAGUUGAAGAGGAGAUGGUGUACUCAGAGGCUGUCACUGAAGUCAAAAUGACCAGCAGUUAUGAAGUCACAGAAGAUACUUUGUCAUAUGAAACAGCUACAAAAACAGAGAGAACAUCCAAGGGGGCAGGAAAAAAGACAGAAGAAUACAAAGAUGUGAAGAGGAAAAAAGAGAUUACUCCUGAAAUAGGAGGGGAAAAAGUAGAAAAUAAGGGUGAAAGAAGAACUAGGACUCCAAUAGAAGAGGAAGCUAAGGUACCUGAGAUAUCUAAGUCAACUUUAAAAGAAUCAACCAAGUUAGUAUCAGCUGAGAAAGAACAGGAAACUGUAAAAUUGAAACCAGUUGAGAAAUCGAAUCAAACUGUUGUCUGUCCACGUAAAGACAGCAGCAAAGACAACAGGAGCAAAGAUAGUAUUGAUUUUCAGAAAUCUGAAAUAUCUGUAAAGGAUGAGCCUGUUUCAAUAAAGGAAAUAAAAGUGACACCCCCAGACAGAAAAGCUGAAGAAUCCAUAAUGACGAAAAGUCUGGAUGCAGAGGCUAAAGAUGAAACCUCCAAAGACUCUGAUACAUUUCUAAAGAAAGCAAAGAGAAUUUUACCACAGGAUGAGGAGUCAGAAAAUGUUAGACUGAAACCAUUUUCUAAAGAAUCUCAUGCUAAUGUAGCUGCAGAAAAGGUUCCUAAAGACUUUAAAGGCCAAGAGAGACCGGAAACACGUGAGAUCUUAACAGAACCUCACAUUCAGGUAAAGGGACCAGAAAAAAGUGAAAAAACAUAUGAAAAGCCUGAAGAUAUCAAGAAGCCUUCUCCUACUUCAGCAAAGACAACAGAGGACAGUAAAAAGGAAGAACAGAAUGCACUAAUGAAAAAACUUGGAAAUAUUCCAAAGGAUGAAGCAAAAAAGGAAGAGGUAUUAUUAAAACCCACAGAAGUUAAAAAAAUUACAGAGAAAACUCCCUCACCGAAGGUGGAUAAACCCAGUCCCCCCAUCACACCAUUGGCUAAAAUUAAAAAGAGUCCAAAAGAGGAAGAAAUGUCAAAAAAGGUUGGUCCUCUACCAAAGAAAAUAGAGGGAAAACAGGAAACAUCACUGAAACCUGUAGAACCUGAAAAGCUGAAAAAGACUCCUUCACCAAAAGCUGAGAUUACAAAACCUAAAUCAGCAGAGUCCAUUCCAGUGGGAAAAAAAUCUAGUGCAAAAUCACCCAAGACAUUUUCACCCAAGGAUUCAUUUGAGUCGGUUACUCUGAAAAAGGUCUCACCCAAAGAAGAGAAGACUACCCAGGAACCCCCUUUGAAAACUAGUAAAGAAAAAGUGCCAGUGAUGAAAGAGAUGUCUCCUAGUGUUCUUCAUUUACAUAAGAUCCCUACACAUCAAGAGGAAGAGGUGUGUGAACUGGAGCAUGAGGUGAUGGAUGAUGAUGAAGAAGAAACUUGGGGAUGGGAACUUGCUCCUCGAGACAGUUGUGGAUCUGAAAACUUUGAUGAUGUCCUUGAGGAUGGGGCUGUUGAAACCCCAGGAAUGGGUGACAAGAAAGACGGAAAGCCCAAGGAGGAGCCAGCUGCAGGCAGAGGCAGAGGACUAAAACCAAGACAAACCCCUUCACCUGGUGAUGGUGGAAGGGGUAGAGGAAAACCUGGUGGUGGAGGUGACAAACCUCCAGGAGAAUCACCUUUUGGUUUCCAGCUUAAAGCUGUCCCCUUGAAGUUUGUGAAGGAGCUCCAGGACAUUGUGUUGCAGGAGGCUGAGUCUAUUGGUUCCUCUGCUGUUUUUGAGUGCCAGAUCUCUCCAUCUACUGCUAUCACCACCUGGAUGAAAGAUGGAAGCAAUCUAAGGGAGAGUCCAAAGCACAAAUUCACAUCCGAUGGCAAAGAUCGCAAACUGCAGAUCAUUGAUGUUCAGCUUUCUGACACUGGAGAUUACACAUGUGUUGCAAAGCUUGGCAACAAAGAGAAGACCUCAACAGCAAAACUUGUGGUCGAAGAAUUACCUGUUAAAUUCACAAAGACUUUGGAAGAGGAGAACUCUGCAUUCAAGGGACAGCCAAUGUACUUGACCUGUGAGUUGAGCAAGGACAAGGAUGUGGUCUGGAAGAAGAAUGGAAAAGAGCUCGAGCAAAUUGCUGGCAAAAUUCAAAUCAAUGUUAUUGGACUGCAGCGUGCCGUGACUAUCCAGGAUGCAAAUGAUGAUGAUGCCGGUGUUUACACUUGCGAGUGUGAAAACAUCAAAACUGAAACUAAUGUCAAGAUUAUUGAAAUCAUCAGGGAUUGGUUGACAAAACCUUUGCGGGAUCAGCACAUUAAACCCAAGGCCACUGCUACGUUCAAGGGUGAGCUCUUCAAGGACACCCCCAACUGGAAGUGGUACAAGGGGAGCGAGGAAAUUCCUAAUGAGCCUACAAAUAAAACUGAGGUGAAGAAGGAGGGUAAAGAGGUCACUCUUACUAUUAAAAAUGCCCAGCCUGAUGAUAUUGGCGAGUAUGCAGUGGAGGUGGAAGGCCGCAGAUACGCAGCAAAACUAACACUUGGAGAACGUGAAGCAGAGAUUUUGAAGCCUCUUGCUAGUGUGGAGGUGGUUGAGAAAAAGGAUGCCAGCUUUGACUGUGAAAUUUCAGAGGAUGAUGUGGUUGGAGAAUGGAAACUUAGAGGACAGGUUCUGACAAGAACACCGACAUGUGACAUCAGAUCUGAGGGAACAAAGCGAUUCCUUACUAUCAAAAAUGUUCAGCUUGACCAGGCUGGUGAAGUUACAUACCAAGCUCUGAAUGCUGUGACAAGUGCUAUGCUCACAGUGAAAGAGUUGGAAAUGGGCUUCACAGUUCCAUUGAAGGACGUUUCUGUGCAUGAAAAGAAACAGGCGAAGUUUGAGUGCUCCAUCACUAAGGAUGUGCCUAAAGUGAUUUGGUUUAAGGGUUCUGAGAUUGUUACGCAAGGAAAUAAGUACGAAAUCAUUGAUGACGGAAAGAAACACAUACUGAUUAUAAAUAACUGUGACUUUGAGGAUGAGGGGGAAUACAGUAUUGAGGCUUUGGGCAAAUCAUCAAAAGCAAAACUGAUGGUAGAGGGUAUGAGGCUGAACUUCACCUCAACAUUAAAGGACCUAACUGUGAAGGAAGGUAAAACAGCUCUGUUUGAGCUUGAGCUUUCUCAUGAGAAUGUCUCUGUGACAUGGUAUAAAAAUGAAAUAAAAAUACAUCCGAGCAGAACUGUGUUUACCAGCGUGGUCGGAAGGAGACAUACGCUAGAAAUAAAGGAGGUUACUCUAGAUGAUACUUGCCUAAUAAAAGCAGAGGCUAAAGGAGUAUCCACAAUGGCUAAGCUGCUGGUAGUAGAGGGUGAUGCAUAUUUCACUGUCAAGUUACAAGAUUACACAGCAGUUGAGAAAGAUGAGGUAACACUUGACUGCGAGCUGAGCAGAGAUGUUCCUGUGAAGUGGUUCCACAAUGAAAUUGAAAUUAAAGCCUCCAAGAUGGUCACUAUAAAAGCUGAGGGCAAACGAAGAAUUCUUAAUCUUAAGAAAGUUGAGAGCAAAGACAAAGGAUUAUAUGUUUGUGACUGUGGAACAGACAAGACUUCAGCUACUAUGAACAUUGAAGCUCGUGACAUCAAAGUGGUGCGACCCAUAUAUGGUGUUGAGCUCUUUGAUGGUGAGACAGCUCGUUUUGAAGUAGAAAUCUCUGAAGAUGAUGUCCAUGGCCAAUGGAAACUGAAGGGCGAAAUCUUAUCUCCUUCACCUGAUGUUGAGAUAAUUGAGGAUGGUGCAAAACACACGUUAACUCUCUACAACUGCAAAGUCUCCCAAACAGGAGAGGUUGUCUAUCAGGGAGCAAAUGCUAAGUGUUCUGCAAAUCUUAAAGUGAAAGAUUUGCCCAUUGCUUUUGUCACAUCUUUGAGCGAUGUUCAAGUCUAUGAGAAAGAUGACGCAAGAUUUGAGAUUGAAUUGUCCAGAGUGGCAAAGUCCUUCCGUUGGCUGAAGGGAUCUCAGGAGUUGAAGGCUGAUGAAAAGUUUGAAAUCCUCACCAAAGGAAAAAGACACACUCUAGUGGUCAAAUCUGCAGCCUAUGACGAUGAGGCUAAGUACAUGUUUGAGGCUGAGGACAAGAGAACAUCUAGCAAACUUGUAAUUCAGGGCAUCCGUCUUGAGUUUGUCAGACCCAUUAAAGAUGUCACAGUUAAAGAGCGUGAGACAGCAGAGUUCAGCAUCGAACUCUCUCAUGAGAAGGUUCAAGUCACUUGGUACAAGAAUGAUGUACGCCUGCAUCCAAGCAAAGUGGUGCACAUGUCCGAGGAUGGCAAGACCCAUACACUGUCCUUCAAAGAGGUGUCCAUCGAUGACACGUCUCUCAUUAAAGUUGAGGCCCUCGGGAAAACCUCUGAGGCAAUGCUCACUGUACUUGAGGGAGAAGCUUACUUCACCACUAAGCUGCAGGACUACACUGCUGUUGAGAAAGAUGAGGUUAUCCUGAUGUGCGAAGUGAGCAAAUCUUCUGCUCAGGCGAAAUGGGUUAAAGACGGCAAGGAGAUCACACCCUCUAAGAACAUCCUCAUCAAGGCUGAUGGAAAGAAACGUAUCCUGAUUGUGAAGAAGGCAGAGAAGGCCAACAUUGGCGAAUAUGUGUGUGACUGCGGCUCUGACAAAACAGCAGCUAGACUUAAUAUUGAAGAGCGUGACAUUAAGAUUGUCCGUCCACUGUACAGUGUGGAGGUCACAGAAACAGAGUCUGCUCGCUUUGAGACAGAAAUCUCUGAGGAGGAUGUUCAUGGUAACUGGAAACUCAAAGGAGAGGCUUUGCACCAGUCUGCUGACUGUGAAAUUAAGGAGGAAAGCACCAAGCACAUGCUUAUUCUUUACAAUGUGCGCAUGGACAUGGCUGGUAGUGUGGACUUCAGUGCUGCUAAUGCUAAAUCUAGCGCUCAGCUCAGAGUUAAAGCACGCACAAUUGGCCUUCUGCGACCUCUCCGGGAUGUCACUGUUACUGCUGGAGAGACUGCCACCUUUGACUGUGAGCUCUCAUAUGAGGAUAUUCCUGUUGAAUGGUUUGUUGGCUCAACAAAGAUGGAGCCAAGUGACAGGGUGGUCACCAGAGCAGAAGGUAGGCUGCAUUCUCUGACUCUUAGAGAUGUCAAAAUGACAGAGGAUGGGGAAGUGAAGCUUACUGCAAAGGACUUUGUGACCCAGGCCAAACUUACUGUGAACGAGCCACCAGUUGAGUUCACUAAGCCCUUGGAGGACCAGACUGUUGAGGAGGAAGCCACUGCCAUUCUGGAGUGUGAAUUGUCAAGGGAGAAGGCUGUUGUCAAGUGGUUCAGAGACGGACAGGAAAUUCGUAAAACCAAGAAAUAUGAGAUGGUGGCUGAUGGACGCAAAAGAAAACUGAUCAUCAAGGACUGUAGCCUUGAUGAUUCCAUGACAUAUACCUGUGAUGCAAAGGAGUUCAAGACAUCUGCUUUUCUAAAUGUUGAACCUCCAUUUGUUGAGUUCACAAAACCUCUUCAUGAUGUUGAGGUUAAGGAGAAGGAAUCUGCAAAGUUUGAAUGCGAAGUGUCCCGUGAAAGUGCCAAGGUCUGCUGGUUCAAAGAUGGCACUGAGAUAAGAAAGGGCAAGAAAUAUGAGAUCAUUUCUAAGGGAUUACAGCGUAUUCUCAUUAUCAGCAAGGCUGUCUUUGAUGAUGAGGCAGAAUAUGAAUGUGACGCAAGGACUUCCAAAUCCUCUGGCAUGCUAACUGUUGUUGAGGAGGAAGCUAGAUUCACAAAGAACCUGGCCAAUGUUGAGGGCACUGAAACAGACAGCAUUAAGAUGAUUUGUGAGGUCUCCAAACCCAGUGCGGAGAUUGCAUGGUACAAGGGUGACCAGGAGCUAAAUGAGGGUGGUAGAUAUGAGCAUGUUGCAGAUGGAAGAAAGAGAAUUCUUAUCAUAAAGGACCUCCGUAUGGAUGAUGCUGGGGAGUAUCAUUGCAAACUGCCUACAUCAAAGACAUCAGGAACUCUGAAUAUCAGUGAAUUGGCAGCUGAGUUCAUUGCCAGGCCUCAAAGCCAAGAAGCUGUUGAGGGAGAAAAAGCUGAGUUUACUUGCUCAGUGUCUAAGGAAACAUAUGAAGUCAAAUGGUUCAAAGGUGACAAAGAGCUUACAACUGAUGAUAAGUAUCAAAUUGUCAUUGAUGGCAAGAGAAGGGCGCUUAUUGUCAAAAACUGUGAACUUAAAGAUGAGGGUGCAUUCACUGCCCACAUUGGCUCAGUCAAGGCAUCAGCAGACUUGAUGGUGAUUGAAAAACUGAGGAUAAUCACCCCAAUCAAGGAAACCCAAGUAAAGGAAGGACAAGAGAUUGUUCUUAACUGUGAGGUUAACUCUGAGGGAGCUAAAGCCAAAUGGCUUAAGAACAACGAGACAAUGUUUGAGAGCAGCAAGUUUGUCAUGGCUCAGAGAGACACAGUGUUCUCUCUGAGGAUCAAAGCUGCAGAGAAGUCCGAUGAGGCCAGUUACACCAUCACACUGACAAACCAACGUGGAGAACAGGCUAAGUGCUCUGCUAAUGUUAGUGUACAAGAGGAAGCACUCAAAAUCAUUGAGCCACUAGAGGACUGUGAAAUUGAGGAAAAGAAGACCAUCUCUUUCACUUGCAAGGUGAACAGACCAAAUGUGACAGUCCAUUGGAUGAAGACUGGUCAAGAGAUCACUUUCAGCAAGCGUAUUGUGUAUCGUGUGGACAAGGACAAGCACACUCUGACCAUUAAGGACUGUAGCCUUGAAGACGAGGGUGAAUACACUGUGGUUGCUGGCGCUGACAAAUCUUCAGCAGAGCUGAUCAUCAGUGAGGCACCCACUGACUUCACGUCUCAACUCAGAGAUCAAACCAUCACUGAGUUUGAAGAGGCUGAGUUCACUUGUAAAUUGUCUAAGGAAAAGGCCCAUGUUAAAUGGUACAGGAAUGGACGUGAAAUCAGAGAAGGACCAAGAUAUCAUAUGGAGAAAGAUGGAAAGGAAUUCAAGCUGAUAAUCAAAAAGUGCAGACCAGAUGAUGAAUGUGAAUAUGCCUGUGGAGUGGAUGACAGAAGAUCAAGGGCGCGUCUUUUUGUUGAAGAGAUUCCAGUGGAAAUUGUCAGGCCACCCACAGAUGUUUUUGAGCCCCCAGGAUCAGAUAUUGUGUUUGAGGCUGAACUAAAUAAGGACAGAGUUGAGGUCAGAUGGAUGAGGAACAACAUGAUCAUUGUCCAGGGUGACAAAUACCAGAUGAUCAGUGAGGGCAAAGUUCACAGACUGCAGGUCUGUGAGAUCAGGCCCCGUGAUCAGGGAGAAUACAGAAUAGUUGCAAAGGAGAAGGAUGCCAGAGCUAAGCUUGAGCUUGCAGCUAUACCAAAGAUCAAGACCACAGAUCAGAACCUUGUAACAGAUGCAGGAAAGCCUUUUGUCAUGACAGUUCCUUAUGAUGCUUAUCCUCGUGCUGAUGUGGAAUGGUUUUACAAUGACAGCAGCCUACCUGGGCAGAACAUUGACACCUCCAAUGAACGGACAGAGUACAGGCUAAAGGACCCUAAGAAAUCAGACCAGGGCAGUUACAAGAUUGUCAUUAAGAACAAACAUGGAAUUGGAGAGGCUUUCAUAAAUCUGGAUGUAAUUGAUGUUCCGGGACCUGUGAAGAACCUGCAUGUUGUUGACACUGCUGAUGGUGAGGUCAGCCUAGCUUGGGACGAACCAGAGAGUGAUGGCGGAAGCAAGAUUUUGGCUUAUGUGGUUGAGAGACGUGAUAUCAAGCGCAAGAGCUGGACAGUGGCCACAGACCGUGCUGACAUCCUAGAGUAUUGCGUUGGUGGAUUACAGAGGGACAACAUGUAUCUCUUCCGUGUAUGUGCUCGCAAUAGAGUUGGAAAUGGAGAGACCGUUUCCACAGACGAGCCAGUUUAUGCCAAGAACAAAUUUGAUGUGCCUGAUGCACCUCAGAAAGUUAUGGUUGGAGUUGUCAGUAGGUUUGGUGCCACAGUGUCCUGGGAGCCACCUCUGUCUGAUGGUGGAUCUGAGAUCACAUCUUACAUCAUCGAGCUCCGUGACAGAACCUCAGUGAAAUGGGAGCCUGCUAUGGUGGUCAAAGCGGAAGAUCGCACAGCCACACUAAAUGAUGUUGUUGAGAACAAGGAGUAUAUCUUCAGGGUCAGAGCUGAAAACAAAGCUGGAAUUGGCCAGCCAAGUGCUGCCACAGAUCCAGUGAAGAUCAUGGAUCCCAUUGAGAGGCCAAGUCCACCAGUGAACUUCAAUUAUACAAAUCAGACCAAAGACUCUGUUCAGUUGUCUUGGGAAACACCCAUGAGUAACGGAGGCAGCAUGAUCACAGGCUACAUCAUUGAGAAGUGUGAAGAUGGCACUGACAAGUGGCUGAGAUGUAAUGCAAGGCUUUGCCCUGACCUUUACUACAGGGUUUCUGGACUUAAGUUUGGUCAGAAAUAUCACUACAGAGUAUGUGCAGAAAAUGCUGCUGGAAUGUCUGAUCCAGCUGAUACAAUUGGGCCACUCUUGGCUGAUGAUCCACAUGUGGGUCCCACCAUGGACCUUGGUUGCUUCAAAAAUGGUCUGGAGGUCAUUGUUCCCAAUGCUCUUAUCAUUCGAGUCCCAAUUACGGGAUAUCCUGUGCCCAAACCUAAGUGGACAUUCGGAGAUAAAGAGCUCACCGCAGGUGACCGUGUUUCCAUGGUCACAAAGCCUACAUACACUGAACUGGUUGUUGCUCCAAGUGUGCGUCCAGACAAAGGAACAUACACCUUACAACUGGAGAAUGAUGUGACAACAGUAUCUGGAGAGAUUGAAGUCAAUGUUAUUGCAUGCCCAAGUGCACCCAAAGACUUCAAAGCUGCAGAGGUGACAAGACAUCAUGUGCAUCUCAUGUGGGAGGCACCAGAACAUGAUGGAGGCAGCCCUUUAACUGGGUACAAUAUUGAGAAAAGAGAGGUUUCCCGCAAGACCUGGGUCAAGGUGAUAUCAGGUGUACAGGAUCUUGAGUAUACUGUCAUGGAUGUCAUUGAGGGCAAGGAGUACUUGUUCAGUGUCAUUGCUUGCAACAAAUGUGGACCAGGAGAGCCAGCAUACAUUGAUGAACCUGUGAAUGUGUCCUCCCCAGCCACUGUGCCUGACCCACCUGAGAGCCUGAAAUGGAGGGACAAAUCAGGAAAGAGUAUCUUCCUGCUUUGGGAACCUCCUAGAUAUGAUGGUGGUGCUGCUAUCAAGGGCUACAUUGUGGAUAAAUGCCAGCGCGGAACUGACAAAUGGGAGGCUUGUGGAGAUCCCAUUCCUGAGCUUAAAUUCCAGGUGACUGGUCUUAUUGAAGGUCAAUGGUAUGCCUACCGUGUGAGAGCAGUGAAUAGACUUGGAGCUAGCCGACCUUGCAAGGCUACGGAUGAGAUCCUUGCCAUAGAUCCUAAAGAGGCACCAGAGAUCCAGCUGGAUGUGAAGCUGCUGGCUGGCUUGACUGCAAGGGCUGGCACUAAGAUCGAUCUGCCUGCUGAUGUGCUUGGAAAGCCAGAGCCCAGGGUCAAAUGGACAAAGGCUGACCUUGUCCUGAGACCAGAGGAAAGGAUAACCAUUGACACAAAACCUGGCCAUUCCGUGCUUUCCAUUGCAAACACAACCAGAUCGGACACAGCCACCUAUAUCAUUGAGGCAGUCAACACUAGUGGCCGUGCCACUGCAACCAUUGAUGUCAAUAUUCUAGAUAAACCUGGCCCUCCGGCUGCUUUUGAUAUCUCUGAGAUCACCAAUGAGUCCUGCUGUCUGGCCUGGAAUGCCCCCCGAGAUGAUGGUGGCUCCCCUGUGACCAACUACAUUGUCGAGAUGAAACCCACAGAUAAAGAAGGGUGGCAGAAACUGUCUGCUACCAUUAAGCAAACUGCUUUCAAAGCAUCUAAACUGGUGUCUAUGAAGGAGUAUGUCUUCAGAGUGUCUGCCGAGAACCAGUAUGGCAUUGGCACUCCUGCAGAGCAUGUGCCUAUUGUUGCAAAAUAUUCUUUUGAUACUCCUGGAGCUCCAACCAGGGUUCAGCCUUCUGAUAUCACAAAGGAUGCUGUAACUCUGACUUGGUAUGAGCCUGAUGAAGAUGGUGGAAGUACAAUUACUGGUUACUGGGUUGAAAGGUUUGAUCCUGAGACUGACAAAUGGAUCAGGUGUAACAAGCUGCCAAUUAAGGACACUACAUUCAGGGUGAAAGGUUUGCCAACAAAGAAAAAAUACAAGUUCCGCGUUUUGGCUGAGAAUCUUGCAGGACCAGGAAAGCCGAGUGCCGAGACUGACCCAGUUUUGAUUAAAGAUCCAAUUGAUCCUCCUUGGGCUCCUGGAAAACCGUACAUCAAAGACACUGCCAAGACUUCUGCACACCUGCAGUGGACCAGGCCUGAGCAUGAUGGUGGUGCUAAGAUUGAGUCCUAUAUAAUUGAGCUUCAGAAGAGUGGAACGGAGGAAUGGGUUCGUGUAGCUGAGGAUGUACCAACAACAGAGCACUUAUUGAAGGGUCUGAUGGAGAAGCAGGAGUAUUCUUUUAGAGUCAAAGCCGUAAAUGUUGUUGGAGAGAGUGAAGCGAGUGAACCAAGUGACCCUGUCGUUUGCAAAGAGAGACUUUAUCCCCCAUCUGCCCCAAGAUGGCUUGAAGUGGUUAACAUUACCAAGAUCAACUGUGAUCUGAAGUGGACUGAACCAGAAAAUGAUGGUGGCUCUCCAAUCACCAACUAUGUUGUUGAGAAAAGAGAUGUCAGACGCAGGACCUGGCAGGCUGUGGACACCACAGUUAAAGACACCAAGUAUACUGUCACUCCACUGAAUGAAGGCUCUCUUUAUGUGUUCCGUGUUGCAGCUGAGAAUGCAGUUGGUGUUAGCGAGUUCUGUGAACUUGAGGACACUGUUCUGGCCAAGGAUACUUUCACCACACCUGGACCACCAUAUGCUUUGACAGUGGUUGAGGUGUCCAAGAGACAUGUUGACCUGAAAUGGGAGGCUCCCAAGAGUGAUGGUGGAAGACCCAUCACCAAGUAUGUCAUUGAGAAGAAAGAGAAAGUAGGCACACGCUGGGUAAAGUCUGGAAAGACAUCCGGCCCUGAAUGCAAAUACAGGGUGACCGAUGUUGACGAAGGCACUGAGGUGCAAUUUCAGGUCCGGGCAGAGAAUGAAGCUGGGGUUGGCCACCCAAGUGAACCUACUGAUAUCAUGACCAUUGAGGAUCCCAUAAGUACACCUUCUCCUCCAACUGAAGUCAAGAUUGUUGAUGCCAGCAGAGAGCACAUCAACAUUACAUGGAAAGCUCCAGAGAAGAAUGGAGGAAGUCCUAUCACAGGCUACCAUGUAGAGCUGUCUGAAGCUGGAACUGAGAAGUGGAUGAGGAUUAAUGCCCGUCCCGUUAAAGAGCUCAGAUUUAAGGCUGAAGAAGGCAUCAUUCCUGAGAAACAAUAUGUUCUAAGAGUUCGUGCUAUUAAUGCUGUUGGAGUCAGUGAUCCCUCUGAAAUUUCUGACAGUGUUUUUGCCAAAGACCCUGACUGUAUCCCAACCAUAGAUAUUGAGACCCAAGACAUGGUGAUUGUCGAGGGGGAGAAGUUGGAUCUAAAGAUCCCAUACAGAGCAAUACCAAAACCAUCAAUGGUCUGGAAGAGGGAUGAGACUGAAUUAAAGACUGAAGACAGGCUCACAUUGACCUGUGACCUCAAUCGUGUUCACCUGGAGCUUCUCAAGUGUAAACAUGAAGAUGCUGGCAUAUAUACUGUCACUCUUGAGAACAGCUUGGGUUCUGUAACUGGAACAAUAAAUGUAAAAGUGAUUGGUCUGCCUGGACAAUGUAAGGACAUCUCUGCCAGUGAGGUCACUAAGAACUCCUGCAAGAUAUCAUGGGAGCCUCCAGAGAGUGAUGGUGGAAGCCCAAUCCUGCAUUAUGUUCUGGAGCGCAGGGAAGCUCAGAAGAAGACAUUUUUGCCUGUGAAGUUUGUAGAAAAUGUUUUGGGCUUUGUAGUCAAAGAUCUUAUGCUCAAUGGUGAAUAUUACUUCAGAGUGAAGGCUGUUAACAAGAUCGGCAGUGGAGAGUAUCUUGAACUCCGCAAUCCUGUAAUAACAGAGGAACAGAAACAACAUCCAGACCCACCAACAGAGGUUGAAGCACACAAUCCUACUUCAAGUUCCAUCACUGUUACUUGGAUGGCACCACCAUACGAUGGUGGAUGCCCAAUCACAGGGUACAUUCUUGAGAAGAUUGAAAAAGAUGGUGACAGAUUUGAAAGAUGUGUUCCAAACCUGGUACCUGGUUUCUCUUACACCAUCACUGGCCUGACAGAAGGGAAAGAAUACCAGUUCCGUGUCCGUGCAGAGAACAUUGCAGGACCAAGUGACCCAUCUCGCAGUACACAACUGAUUAAGGCUGCUGAUCCUGUUGAGAAACCAACGGUAUCACUCUUUGCCCGUAUUGCAUCUGGACUCAGUAUCAAAAAGGGAGAGGAGAUUAGAUUGGAUGCUUACAUAUCUGGAUCUCCAUACCCAACUGUUACAUGGCUCAGAAAUGAUGAGAAUGUCAGGCAGGAACCAGCAAAGAAGAAACCAGAAAUCACUGUGAAGAAGAAGAAGAAGACCAAGACCGUUCAGCCUGAACCUGAAGAGGUGUUCCAUCCUCCACUAUUAGACCGCCUGUCUUGCGACCAGAGCAAAAAGGGUGAAACUGCUUUGAUGGUGCGUGAUUCCAUCAGAACUGACCAUGGCAAGUUCACUAUUAGAGUUGAGAAUACCCAUGGUUUCGCAAUGGCAUCUUGUGAAGUCAACAUUCUUGAUAAGCCUGGCCCCCCUGUCAACUUUGGAUUUGAUGACAUCAGGAGCACCUCUGUCAGUUGCACAUGGGAUGCACCACUUGAUGAUGGUGGCAGUGAGAUCAUUAACUACAUAUUGGAAAAGAAGGACAACACUACUGACGAGAUUGGUUGGGUAACUGUAACGUCAACCCACAAGGGGUACAAUUACCCUGUAACCAAGCUUAUUGAAGGAAAGGAGUACAUCUUCAGAGUCACAGCUGAAAACAAGUUUGGCUGUGGACCACCAUGCUACUCAGAACCACUUAUUGCAAAGAAUCAAUUUGAACCACCUGAUGCUCCCAACAUGCCAAGAAUUGGAGAGGUCACUUCUAGCACAGUUGCCCUCAGCUGGCAUGAGCCAAAGGACAACGGGAGCCCGAUCUUGGGCUAUUGGGUUGAGAGACGUGAAGUCAACAGCAAAUAUUGGACCAGAGUGAACCGUAAUCUUCUUAAUUCAUUGGCAGUUAAGGUUGAGGGUCUUCUGGAGGGCCUUGUUUAUAUCUUCAGAGUUUGUGCUGAAAAUCUUGCUGGCCCUGGAGAAUUCAGUGUACCAACUGAUCCUCAGUGUGCAAUGGAUGCAAUCUUGCCACCUGGCCCACCUGUGCCAAAAAUUGUUGAUGUGACAAAUACAACUAUUGAUAUUUCUUGGGUACCUCCAUUGUAUAAUGGUGGUGGAGAUAUCCUAGGAUAUCAUGUUGAGCGCUGUGUGGUUGGAGAGAAGGAAUGGACCCGCUGCACUGAGAGUAGAUGCAAGGACCGCAAGUUCACCAUAACUGGACUGACUGAGGGAGCUGAUUAUUACAUUCGCGUAUUUGCCGUAAAUGAUGCAGGUCAUGGAGCCCCAGGCAUGACUGAACCUGUUCAGGCCAAAGAACCUGAAGAGGCUCCAGUUGUUGAAUUUGAUGUCUCUGUGAGGAAUGGAGUCAUUAUCAGAGCGGGGGAAACACUGCGUCUACCUGCUGUUGUUACUGGACGACCUCUUCCAGAAGUGAAGUGGACAAAGGAUGAUGCUGAGCCAGACAAGGAACAUGUAGUUACUGAGACAGAAGGCAAGAACAGUACUUUAAGCAUCAAAAAUGCUUUGAGAUCUGACCAUGGUAAUUACCAGAUCACAGGUACCAACCCCAGUGGAACCAAGUCUGCCUGCAUUAAGGUUGAUGUAAUGGAUGUUCCCGGACCAGUGGUUGAUCUUAAGACAGUUCAUGUCAGCAAGAAGGUUAUUUCACUUACCUGGUCAGAUCCUCUUGACAGUGGUGGAAGUGACAUCGUGGGCUAUGUUGUUGAGAGAAAGGAUGCCAAAAUGCACAUUUACAGACAACCCCUGGAGACUGCUGCUUGCAAAUGUGACAUUGUUGGUUUUCUUGAUGGUGAAGAAUACAUGUUCCGUGUAGUUGCAAGGAACAAGUAUGGCCUUGGUGCUCCUGUUGAACUUGGACCCAUUUUAGCAGUUGAUCCUAAAGAAGUUCCAUCUGCACCUGAGAAAUUGCACUACACGGAAAGGACCAAGAACACCAUUACUUUGUCUUGGCAACCUCCUCGUAGUGAUGGCGGUUCUCCAAUCAGAGGCUACUACGUUGAGAAGAUGAGACAAGAUAGCACUGAGUUUGAUGUUGCUAACCGCCAAAUCUGCAAAGAUCUCACCAUCACACUGGAAAACUUGUCUGAAAACAUGAUGUAUGAAUUUAGAGUGAAAGCUGUCAAUGAGAUUGGUGAAGGAGAGCCAUCCAAACCAAUUAAUGUCCACAUUCAGGAUGAUGAGCUUUUACCAACUAUUAAGUUGUUGAAGUUCUUCAAGAAUGAUGCCAUCGUUGUCAAGAAGGGAGCAGCCAUUGAAAUCCCUGCUGAAAUUGUUGGUCUGCCCUUGCCUACUUUUGAGUGGACAAAGAAUGGGGUGGUUAUUGACCAACCCACUGAGACAAUGACACUGGAAUCAGAGGAGAUUAACAAGCAAACAAUCAAUACCAAAAUUGGCAUUCCUGAAACUGUGAGACAAGACACAGGCCUGUACAAGUUGACUGCCACAAAUGUCCGUGGAGUAGGUCAUCGCACAAUCAGAGUGGAUAUCUUGGAUCGCCCAUUGCCACCAAAGAACAUUGUGAUCUCUGACAUCAAAGCUGAGUCUUGCUACCUCACCUGGGAUGCUCCAGAGGACAAUGGUGGAAGCGAUAUCAUGAACUACAUUAUUGAGAAGAGAGACGCCAGCAGAAAGAAGUCUGACUGGGAACAGAUAACAUGCUGCAUCAUAGACAGACGCUAUGGGGUGUACAAGUUGGAUGCCUAUGGUACUUACCAGUUCCAGAUUAAAGCCGAAAACAAGUAUGGGGUCAGUGACGGUUGUGAAUCAGAAAAGGUUGUACUAAAAGAUCCCUUUGGUCUUCCUGGCCCACCCCAGAGGCCAAGGAUCAUUGGACACACUUGCUCAUCAAUGGUGGUGACUUGGGAGCCUCCGAAAGACAAUGGUGGCUCAACCAUUCAAGGUUACUGGCUUGAAAAGAGAGAGAGAGGAGCUGUAUAUUGGAGUCGGGUCAACAGGGCUCCAGUAACAAAACCAGCAGUCAAGGGCCUGGAAUACAAUGUACUCCACCUUAUUGAGGGUGCUGAAUACCAGUUCCGUGUGAUGGCUCAGAAUGCAGCUGGCGUUGGACCUCCAAGUGAGGCAACCGAGUGUGUGUUUGCGCUUGAUCCAAGAAAUCCCCCAGGUCAGCCACCAGCACCUGUAGUAACAGACAAAACCACAAGCAGUGUCUCUCUUUCCUGGACCCCACCAGAAAAAGAUGGAGGUAGCCCAAUCAAGGGUUACAUCGUUGAAGUUCAAGAUGAAGGUUCAAUAGAGUGGAGAAGGGUGAAUACACCAGAGAAGCUGAUCCUCACCACUUCAUAUACUGUGUCAGGGCUUAAAGAGAAUAAGAAAUGUAGAUUCAGGAUUGUUGCUGUCAAUGCUGCUGGUGAAUCUGAGCCAAGUCCCAGAACUGCUGACAUCAUUGUACAGGAUAUUUUGGAGGAACCUAUCAUUACCAUGGCGGUCACAGCCCAUGAUCUUCUGAACUGUCGCGCUGGAACAACCAUCAAGAUUCCAGCCACCAUCUCAGGCAGACCUAUUCCAAAUGUCACAUGGGACUUUGAUGGAACUGCCCCGACUGAGAAAAAGAAUGAGCGUCAUACUCUGCCAGAGGAUUCAGAGAUAUCAUCCACUGAUACAACAUCAGAAGUGACAAUCCGUGAGUGUAAAUUAAACCACUCUGGACGAUACAUCAUCACUGCAACCAAUCAAGCUGGUACCAAAGUCAUUAAAGUGCGUGUGAAUGUACUUGAUUUGCCUGGACCACCUAAAGACCUCAAAGUUAGUGACAUCACACGUGGAACAUGUAGGCUAACCUGGAAGCCUCCAGACAUUGAUGGUGGUGACAGAAUCAAGAGUUAUUUCAUUGAGAAAAAGACUGUCGCAGGAAAGGCUUGGACAAAGGUCAACCCAACUUGUGCAACUCAGUCCUUUGUUGUGCCAGACCUCAUUGAGGGACAAGAUUACUUUUUCCGUGUUCGAGCUGAGAAUCGCUUUGGUAUGGGACCACAUAUUGAGACCAUUCAACGGACUAAAGCCAGGGAUCCCAUCCAUCCACCUGAUCCUCCCACAAGAGUCAAAAUCACUGAUGUCUCCAAGGGCACAGUGACUCUGACAUGGAAGCCACCAAGGAAUGAUGGUGGAGCACCUGUGACUCACUACAUUGUUGAACGCCUUUGGUGGGAUAGCAGUGGAAACCAGCAAGAAUCCUGGAGACAGUGCAACCGCCGUGACAUUGAUACUACCACUUUCAAAGUGGAGGAUCUCCAUGAGUGUGCUGAAUAUGAAUUCCGUGUCAAGGCUGUAAAUGAGGUCGGUGCAAGCAGGCCAUCCUCCACAGCAGGACCGAUCGUUGUUAAGGACCAAACCAGGGCUCCUUCCAUUGAACUCCCAGAAUUCAUGGAGGUUGAACAGGGUACUGAUAUUCAAAUUGUUGCCAAGAUUAAGGGCUGUCCAUUCCCAACACUCACAUGGCAGAAGGCUCCGCCGCACAAGGGCGAAGAUAAGGUUGAUGUUGUUUAUGAUGAGCACAUCAACAAGCUUGUAUCUGAUGAUAGCUGCACACUGCUGAUCCAGCAGGGUCAGCGCUCAGAUACUAGCCUCUACACUCUUACUGCUAGCAACAGUCUUGGUACCGUUUCCAAGGAAAUGAGGCUUAAUGUUCUAGGGCGUCCUGGGGCUCCGUCUGCACCAAUCAAAUUUGAGGAAAUCUGUGCUGAACAGAUAACUCUGUCAUGGCUGCCUCCUAAGGAUGAUGGUGGCUCCAAAAUUACAAACUAUACUAUUGAGAGACGUGUUGCCAACAGGAAGACUUGGAUUCCGGUCACUAGUGAACCCAAAGAGCGAAUAUACACAAUCGAGGGUCUAAUGCCAGGCCAUGAGUAUAUUUUCCGCAUAAGGGCUCAGAACAAAUAUGGUGUUGGAGAUCCUCUUGAUAGCGAACCUGAAGUAGCCAGAGAUGUGUUCAUGCCACCUGGACAAUGUGAGAAGCCAACACUCUCUAGCAUCACAAUAGACUCCAUGACUGUGAACUGGGAAGAGCCAGACACAGAUGGCGGCACUCCAAUCACAGGCUACUGGCUUGAACGUAAAGAAACUACAUCUAAACGCUGGAACAGAGUAACUCGUGAUCCAAUCAGGCCUAUGCCACUUGGUGUGUCACACAAUGUAACAGGACUCAUUGAGGGAUCUCAGUAUCUGUUCCGUGUGAUUGCAAUCAAUGCAGCAGGAUGUGGACCUCCAAGUGAGCCAUCUGACCCAACAUUUGCCAGAGAACCAAUAGCCCCUCCUUCUCCCCCAACCCCCAAAGUCACUGACUGGACAAAGACUACAGCUGACUUGGAAUGGAUUCCACCUUUAAAGGAUGGAGGUUCAAAAAUAAUAGGCUACUAUGUUGAAUACAAAGAGGAGGGCACAGAAGCAUGGGUUAAGGCUAAAGACAAGGAGGUUAGGGGAACCAAAUUUGUGGUCACUGGCCUAAAAGAGAAUACAUUGUUUAAGUUUAGAGUUUUGGCAUUCAAUGCUGCUGGUCUCAGUGAGCCAGGCGAAGUUGCUGAUGCUCUUGAAAUGAAGGACCGGAUCAUUUCCCCAAUGCUUGAGCUGGACAUCUCAGUAAAGGAGAGGAUGAUUAUUCAUGCUGGAGGUGUUAUUCGUAUCCUGGCUUAUGUGUCAGGCCAACCUCCACCUGUGAUAACAUGGAGCAGAGAUGAACGUCCUGUCCCUCCAGAAGCUGUCAUUGAAACCACCUCAAUCAGCCGCUCAUUGGUAAUCAAGGACUGUACUAGGAGGCAACAAGGUGUUUAUACAAUAACAGCCAAGAAUGAUGGAGGAGAGGUGAAGAAGUCUGUUAUCGUUGACGUACUUGAUGUACCUGGUCCAGUUGGGGUACCUUUCAGUGCUGAGAAUCUCACAAGUGACUCAUGCAAGCUGAACUGGUUUUUCCCUGAGGAUGAUGGUGGAUCUGCCAUCUCUAACUAUGUAAUUGAGAAACGUGAAGUUGAGCGCAAAGCUUGGACAGCUUGUUCCUACACAGCUGGCAGACAGAAUGCUAUAAUAAAUAAUUUAGUACUAAAGAAGGCAUACUUCUUCAGAGUCGCAGCUGAAAAUGCAAUUGGAGUAGGUCCUUUCUGUCAGACAGCAUGUGAAAUUGUGAUCAAAGAUCCUAUCACUGUGCCAGACCGUCCAGAAGAACUUGAGGUAACUGCCAUCACCAAAGACUAUAUUAGUGUGACAUGGAAGCCACCUAAGUAUGAUGGAGGAUCUGAGGUGACAUCCUAUGUUCUGGAGGCUCGCAUGAUUGGAAAAGAUAAGUUUGUCAGACUGACCAAAGAUAAAUUGAUGGACAGGAGAUACACUUAUGAUGGUCUCCGUGAGGGCGACACUUAUGAAUUACGUGUUAGUGCAGUGAACGAAAUUGGUCAAGGCAAACCAUCCUUCUCCACGAAGCAAAUUACAUGUAAAGACGAACUUGAGCCCCCCACAAUUGAACUGGACUUUCGUGACAAAGUUAUUGUGCGUGUGGGAGAAAGUGUUGCGCUCCAGGGACGUUACACUGGCAAACCAGCCCCAUCUGUAACCUGGUCAAGGGAUGAUCAGGAACUGAAAGCAGACACCCACAUCAUGUUCAAAAAUACUCUUACCACAAUGUGCCUGGGUCUUAUCAAAGCUCAGCGUGGACACAGUGGCAGAUACUGUGUGACAGUCGAAAACUGCACUGGUGCGCGUAAGGGCAUUUGUAAUGUCACAGUUGUAGAUCGACCAUUGCCUCCAGAGGGCCCAGUGGUCUUUGAGGAAGUACACAGAGAUCACAUGGUCAUUUCUUGGAAACCACCUCUUGAUGAUGGUGGAUGUGAAAUUUCUAACUAUAUAAUUGAAAAGAGGGAUAUAAACAGGGACAUGUGGACAACUGUAACAUCUGCCACCACAAAAACCAUUUGUAAAGUACCUAAGCUUGUAGAGGGACGUGAAUACAUCAUGAGAAUUAGUGCUGAGAACAUGUAUGGCAUAAGUGAUCCACUGGAGUCAGAGGAGAUUAAAGCUAAAGAUCUAUUCAGGGUACCUGAGGCACCUGAGCAACCCACUGUAAAAGAAGUCUACCAUGACUCAGCACUGGUAAUUUGGAAUCGACCUCGAGAUGGUGGAAAGCCCAUCACUAACUAUAUCUUGGAAAAGAAGGAGCCCUCAGCUAAGAGAUGGUCUCGGGCAACUAGAGAUCCAAUCUACCCUGCUACCCAGUACAGGGUACAAGACCUCACUGAAGGCUGUGAAUAUGAAUUCCGUGUAAUGGCAGAGAAUGAAAUUGGCACUGGAGAUCCUAGCCCUCCAUCAAAGCAUAUUCUUGCUAAAGAUCCAAUUGUUCUGCCAAGCCCACCUGUUUUGCCUGAGGCUGUUGACAAGACUAAAGAUUCUGUGAGUCUAUCAUGGCGUGUUCCUCGCCAUGACGGUAAAGGCAAAAUCUUUGGUUAUUUGAUUGAGUAUCAGAAACCUGGUGCAAUCGAUUGGAUCCAGGCAAACGAAUCUCCUGAAACAUGCCCAGACACCAAGUUUGUUGUGACAAAACUACCGGAAGGUGAAGAGUUCAGAUUCAGAAUUAUGGCUGUGAAUGCUGCUGGAAAAUCUGAGCCUGCCUAUGUCAAGGAACCUGUGAAAGUUCUUGACAGACUGGAGGAGCCAGAGUUGCUGCUAGAUGCCAACAUGGCUCGUGACCACCUUGCUAUGGUUGGGACGGACAUCACACUCAGUGCUACUAUUAAGGGCAUGCCAAUUCCCACUGUCUCUUGGAAAAAGAAUGAUGGUGAAGUGCCUGCUCAUUGUCUCAUUGAGGUCACAGGGAGUGGAAGCAAACUUCACAUUAAGAAGUGUAUCCGUGCUGACUGCGGCAAUUAUACCAUCACAAUUCAGAAUGCAGCUGGAUCUAAAUCUGCUACCUGCACUGUUCUUGCUCUUGAUAAACCUGGACCUCCAAGGAAUCUUAUCAUUUCUGAAGUCACAAGUGAGUCAGCUUACCUGACAUGGCAAAAGCCAGAGGAUGAUGGUGGUGCUGUGAUCUCUCACUAUGUUGUGCAAAAGAAAGAUGUAGCUGCUGAGAACUGGGUUCCAGUUUGUGCUGCAUCUAAGAAGCUUAGCCUCAUGGCUCUAUAUCUGAUGGAGGGAAUACAGUAUCUCUUCAGAGUUGCAGCUGAGAAUCAGUUUGGCAGGAGUGCUUUUAUUGUAACCACUAAGCCCAUCAAGGCAGUUGAUCCUCUCUAUCCCCCUGGUCCACCCAAGAAUCUGCAUCAUGUUGAUGCAGACAAAACUGAAGUGUGGCUUCAGUGGGAAUGGCCUGAUCGCACAGGUGGAAGUGAGAUCACUGGAUUCAUUGUUGAGCAUCAAGAAGAAGGUGCCACUGACUGGGUCACCUUCAAGACUGUCAGCAAUCCUCAAUGUCAUGUCACUGGACUUGUGGAGGGCAAAACCUACAGAUUCCGUGUAAAAUCUCAAAAUGCAAUAGGCAUUAGCCGACCAGACACAAGUGUGCCAAUUACUUGCCAGGAAAAGACAUUGGCUCCAACUAUUGAAGUUGAUGUGAAGCUUAUUGAGGGUCUUGUUGUGAAGGCUGGCACGACGAUUGUUCUCCCAGCAGUCAUGCAUGGAAUCCCAACUCCAACUGCCAAGUGGCAAAGUGAUGGAAAUGAGCUUAAAACCGAGGGCAAAUAUAAGAUCAGUACUGAAGGAAAUUCAACUGUCUUAAAUAUCAGUGAGUGUGUCAGGUCUGACAGUGGCGAAUAUGUUCUUACUGUUGCAAACCCUGCUGGAAGCAAGUCAGUUGCUUUACAUGUAACAGUUCUUGAUGUUCCAUCUGCUCCAAUCGGUCCUGUAAACAUCCUUGAGGUUACCCCUGACCAUAUGAUAAUCCAGUGGCGUGCACCAAAAGAUGAUGGUGGUACGCCUUUGAUGAGCUAUGUUGUAGAGAAGAAGGAUGUCAAGAAGCCUUGGGAGCCGUGGUCAGUUGUGAGUUCUGGAAGCACUAGCACAAAGGCCAAAGUACCACGUUUGGAGAAGGGACGUGAAUAUAUUGUGCGCAUACGUGCUGAGAACAAGAUUGGCAUUGGUGCUGCCCUUGAAAGUCCUCCCACUAUUGCCAAGCACAUGUUUGAUCCGCCAGGUCCUCCUGGCCAACCAACAUGUUCUGAUAUAACAGAAAAUGCUGUAACAGUGUCAUGGGCUGAACCAGAAACUGAUGGUGGAAGCCCUGUGAGUGGCUACAUUGUUGAACGCAGAGAGAUGACUGGCAAAUGGAUUCGUGUCAAUAAAACACCAGUUUUGGAUGUAAGAUACAGGGUCUGUGGUUUGUUUGAGGGCAACAGCUAUGAAUUCAGAAUCUUUGCUGAAAAUGUUGCUGGUGUAAGUGAGCCAUCAUAUCCAUCAGACCCAGUUAAAGCUAAACGUCCAAUUACUCCUCCAGGGCCUCCAAGUAACAUUAAGCUAAAGGACUGGAGCAAGUCAUAUGCAGAUUUGGUGUGGACCAAACCUUCCAGAGAUGGUGGCAGUCCCAUCCUAGGCUAUGUUGUUGAAUGUCAGAAAUCAGGUUCUGCAAAUUGGGACAGAAUACACAAGGAUCUGAUUAAGCUUUGUGCAUUUAGAGUACCUGGACUUAGUGAAGGCACAGAGUACAGAUUCCGUAUUAGAGCCUCUAACAAGGUUGGAGAUGGUGAACCAAGAGAACUCACAGAAACUGUACUUGCCAAGGACAUCCUUGUUCCUCCUGAAGUAACUGUUGAUGUUGCAUGCCGUGACCUCCUUACAGUUAGAGCAGGGCAGAUCAUUAGCCUUAUGUGCCGUGUCAAGGGAAGGCCUGAUCCUGAAAUCACUUGGACUAAAGAUGCAAGAGCCUUGAGCAGAGAUAAGCGUACUGAGAUGAACAAUAACUACCCUCUUGUUGAGCUGGUCAUUCAGGAAGCUAUUAGAGCUGAUUAUGGAAAAUAUGCCAUUCAAGCAAAGAAUAGCAGUGGUCAAGCACAAGCUACAAUUAUUGUCAAUGUCCUUGAUAUUCCUGGAGCUUGUCAGAACUUGAAGGUUGCUUAUGUGACGAAAGACUCAUGCAUGGUGUCUUGGGAAAAUCCAGAAGAUAAUGGUGGCACUGAAAUCACCAAUUAUAUCAUUGAAUGUCGACAACCUAGUCAAAGGGGGUGGACAGUUGUUACAUCUGACUGCACCAAACGACUUGUCAAAGCUCCACUUAUUGAGAAUUGUGAAUACUUUUUCCGUGUGAGUGCUGAGAAUAAGAUUGGUGCUGGUCCACCAACAGAAACAAAAACACCAGUCCUCGCUGUUGACCCAGUUGAGAAACCUGGUGAGCCAGAGAACUUUCAAAUUGCUGAAAUCGGGAAGACAUUUGUCUUCCUCAAAUGGAAGAAGCCAGAAUAUGAUGGUGGUAGCCGCAACCUUGCUUACCAUAUUGAAAAGAAACCUAAAGAAGCAGAUGAAUGGGAAAGAUUACACAAAGGUGCUAUAAAGGAAACAUACUUCAUGGCUGAUAGAUGUAUUGAGAACCAAAUUUAUCAAUUCAGAGUUCAAACGAAGAACGAGGGAGGAGAUAGUAACUGGGUGACAACAGCUGAAGUUCUUGUUAAGGAGGAACUUGUACAGCCAGAGCUUAAAAUAAAACUGGAGGGAGUUCUUGUUGUUAAAGCUGGAGAGCCUAUUCAAAUUGAGGCAGAACUUAAAGGUAAACCUCGGCCUGAUGUGAAAUGGUCUAAAGAGGGUGACACUGGAGAUAUCAACAAAAGCCAGAGAGUGCAAGUUGAAACUGGCACCAACUUCACAAAAAUCCUGCUGACAAAUUCAAGACGUGGAGAUACUGGAAAAUACAUAAUUACUGCUACAAAUGCUGCUGGAACCUGCUCUGCUGAGGCCAAGGUGAAUGUUCUGGACAGACCAGGUCCUAUUAGAGACCUGAAGGUCUCAGACAUUUCGGUGGACAGAUGCAAGCUUACUUGGGAGGUACCAGAAGAUGAUGGUGGAUGUGAGAUCUAUAACUACAUAAUAGAGAAAUGUGAGACAAAGAGAGGGGUAUGGUCAAUUCAUUCAGCAGCUGUUAUAACUAACUCGGCUAAAGUUACUCGCCUCAUCGAAGGAAAUGAAUACAUAUUCAGAGUGAGAGCUGAGAACAAGAUGGGUGCUGGCCCUGCAGUUGAAACUGAGUCCAUUGUUGCAAGGACCCUGUUCAGCAGACCAGGUGCACCAGAUACUCCAGAAGUGACCAAGAUUACAAAAGAAGAAAUGGUUGUUAUGUGGUGCCCUCCUGAUAAUGAUGGUGGAAAGCCCAUCACUGGUUAUAUUCUGGAGAAAAAAGAGGAGCAUGCCAUUCGGUGGGCCCCUGUUACUAAGUCCCCAAUUGCAGGAACACAGAUGACUGUUACAGGGUUAUUGCCUAAUCAUGAAUACCAGUUCCGUGUCAAAGCUGAGAAUGAAAUUGGAGUUGGUGAUGCAAGCAAACCAUCAAGAUCGCUCACAGCAAGAGAUCCAAUUGAGCCUCCUGGUCCAGUUGGUAAUCUAAAGGUGGCUGACAGCUCAAGGACAUCAAUCACUCUUGCAUGGACAAAGCCUACUUAUGAUGGAGGUGCUCCUCUCAUUGGAUAUGUAGUUGAGCUGAGAGUCAAGGGCACAAGCAAGAAGGGUGAUGAAGGCUGGAAGAGGUGUAAUGUUGCUGCCCAGUUGAUCGGAACAGAAUUUACGGUCUCAAGUCUGGACGAGAAGGUUGAAUAUGAAUUCCGUGUCUCUGCCCAAAAUCAAAUUGGCUUGAGUCAACCAACUAAUCUUGAGGGAGCUGUGUCACCAAGAGAAGUGUUGGAGGCUCCUGAAAUUGAUUUGGGUGCAGAACUAAAGAAGGGUGUGACUGUAAGGGCUGGAUGCCCAAUAAGAUUAGUUGCUACAAUCAGAGGCAGACCUGCUCCAAAGGUCUUAUGGAGGAGAAUGGGAAUAGAUAAUGUUGUUCAGAAAGGCCAUGUGGAUCUUAUUGACACUAUGACAUUCCUUGUUAUCUCUGAAACUACUCGUGAUGAUUCAGGCAAAUAUUCAUUGACUGUAUCCAGUCCAGCUGGAGAGAAGGCAGUGUUUGUGAAUGUCAAGGUACUUGAUACACCUGGACCUGUUGUUGGUCUUGAGGCUGUUGACAUCACAAUGUCAUCUUGCAACCUCCAAUGGUCCCAACCUGAAAAUGAUGGUGGAAGUAACGUCACCCAUUACAUUGUUGAGAAGCGAGAAAUUGAUCGCAAGACAUGGGCAACAGUGAAAACUGAUGUUGAAAAGACCACAUUUAAAGUUAGCAAUCUUGUCCCAGGAACGGAGUAUUACUUUAGGGUCACAGCUGUGAAUGACUAUGGUCCUGGAGUGCCAAGAGUUACACCAAAAUCUUGUCUGGCCUCUGAUCCUAUCAGCAAACCUGAUCCACCACAAAAGAUUGAUGUUUUGGAGAUUACUAAGAACAGUGCAACUGUGGGAUGGGUGAAACCACUGCGGGAUGGCGGAGCUAAAAUUGAUGGCUACAUUAUUGAAUAUCUUGAGCUUCCGAUGCCUAAACCACCCAAGGAACUGCCCAAGGAAACGGUAGAGGGUGAAGGUGAGACAGAGCCUGUUGUAGAGCCUGUGGCUCCACCCCCACCUGAACCUGUGGUUGAGGAAGAGGAGGAGAAAGAGAAGGAGAAGAAAGAGGAAUGGACACCAUACACUGUUGUAAAAGAUUUGAGUAUCUCUGUUGCUGGACUUAAGGAGGGAAGAAAAUAUCGGUUCAGAGUGGCAGCAAGAAACACCAUGGGAUCCAGCCUUCCCACAGAGACCAGAGAAGCUUAUGAGAUCAAGGAACAGAUGUUGGAGCCCAAGAUCAUCAUGCCUGAGCUUGUCACUGCAAAGGCUGGGGCAAAACUGAGGGUUGAGGCUCUUGUAUCUGGAAAGCCAGCACCAGCAUGCCAAUGGAAACGUGGAGAAGAUAAUGUAGUCCCAUCUAGCCGUCUUGCUGUGCAUAAAUCUCAGAACUUGUGUGUGCUCAUCAUUAAAGAUGUUUCAAGACAAGACAGUGGUCAGUACAGCCUUGUUGCUGAGAACAGCUCAGGCAAAGUUGACCAGAUUUUGAAAAUUGCCAUCAGAGAUAUUCCUGGACCACCUGAACCACCAUUUGAAAUCAGUGACAUUGAUUCCGAUGCCUGCACACUCUCUUGGAACAAACCACUUGAAGAUGGUGGUAGCAAUAUCACUAACUAUGUGGUCGAGAAGUGUGACAUAAGCAGAGGUGACUGGGUUACUGCUCUUUCCAGCUGUGGCAAAACUGGCUGCAGAAUCGGAAAGCUUAUUCCUGGAAAGGAAUAUGUGUUCCGUGUCCGUGCUGAGAACAGAUUUGGUAUUUCAGACCCUCUUACAUCUGAAAGGAUGGUUGCUAAAUUCCCCUUUGAUAUUCCUGGGGAACCUGUGAACUGCCGUAUCAACAAAGUAAACAAGGACUGCAUGUUUGUGGCUUGGGAUAAACCUGAAUCUGAUGGUGGCAGUCCAGUUACUGGAUACUACAUUGAACGCAAAGAGAGGAACAGUCUCCUUUGGGUUAAGGCCAAUGAUUCUGUUGUUCGCACAACUGAAUAUCCUUGUGCUGGCCUAAUUGAGGGUCUGGAAUAUACUUUCAGAGUGUCUGCGAUAAACAGGGCUGGACAGGGUAAACCAAGCAAGAAAACAGAGUUCAUUACAGCAAGAACACCUGUUGAUGCUCCUGGAAAACCAGAGGUGCUGGAUGUGACUAAAAAUACUGUUACACUGGUUUGGAGCAAACCAAAGAAUGAUGGUGGAAGCAAGAUAAUUGGAUACUAUGUUGAGGCCAUGAAGCUUCCAGGAGACACUUGGGUGCGUUGCAACACAAGCAGUCAGAAUGUGCCUCAUGAGGAGUACAGAGCAACUGGGCUUGAAGAGGGUGCUAAGUACCAGUUUAGGGUAAUUGCCAAGACUGCUGUUAACAUUAGCAGACCAUCGGAAAUCACAGAUCCCAUUCUGGUGUCUGCAGAUAAUGUACCUCCAAGAAUAGAACUUUCAAUACAGAUGAAGAAGAUGUUGCCAGUAAAGGCUGGGUCAGAUGUUAGCCUUGAGGCUGAAGUUUUUGGCAAACCAAUGCCCAAGGUUACAUGGAGCAAGAAUGGAGAAGUAUUGAAAUCUGAUAAAGACUUGAAGUUGUCUCAAAAGAGACAUCUCUUUUCCCUGAGCCUUGAUGCAGUUACUAAACUUAAUACUGGAAUCUAUGGAAUUCUUGCUACAAAUGCAAGUGGUUCAGCAACCGCAGAAAUAAAUCUAAACAUUUUGGAUAUCCCUGGCCCACCAGCCUCUGUCAAGUUUGAAGAGGUACUUUCAGAUCGAAUAAAGUUAAGCUGGAAGGCUCCACUUGCAGAUGGUGGCUCUCCAAUUACAAAUUAUGUUGUUGAUAAACGUGAGACAAGCAGAGCUAACUGGGCCCAGGUUUCUGCAAAAAUCACUGGUGAUACAACUGAAUUUUCAGUGGAGAGACUGAUCGAGGGGCAUGAGUACCAGUUCCGUGUUCGUGCUGAGAACCGCUAUGGCACUGGUGAUGCCAUAGUAUCAGACCCUGUUGUUGCUAGGAAUCCCUUCACUGUUCCUGGAGCAUGUGACCCACCAGUCCUUACAAACAUAACAAAGGAGAAUAUUACUGUAAGCUGGAAGGAGCCAACUGAUGAUGGAAACUCCCCUAUCCUUGGAUACAUGGUUGAGAAGCGUGAGACCAAGGAAAUAAACUGGACCAAGCUCAACAGAAAACCUUUGCUGGCGAGAACACUUGAAGUUGGCGGUCUCUCUGAGGGAGCUCAGUAUGAGUUUAGAGUUAUUGCUGUUAAUCAAGCUGGCCUUGGCAAACCCAGUGAGCCAUCUAAUGCAGCCUCUGCUCUUGAUCCUUUGUAUCCUCCUGGUCCACCGGUUUCUCCUAAGGUCACAGACACAUGCAGCAGCACCAUUAGCCUAACUUGGACUAAGCCCGCAAGUGAUGGUGGAAGUGAAAUUUUAGGAUACCUUGUUGAAUGUAAAAGAACUAAUGCAACAGACUGGAUAAGAUGCAAUGUACCCAAGAAUCUUCAGGAUACAAAUUAUGUUGUCACUGGUCUCCUGGAGAACUCUGAAUACCAGCUUCGUGUUAGUGCUGUAAACAAAGUUGGAUUCAGUCAGCCUAGUGAAGUUCCUGACAAACAUGUUGCCAAGGAUGUUUUCGUUGCUCCUGAGGCCGAGAUUGAUGCGGAGUUGAAGGAAACUUUGGUGCUUAAGGCUGGCAGUAAAAUGAAACUUCAUGCCAUAAUUAAGGGUCGGCCAACCCCCAGGGUGACCUGGGCCAAGAUGAACACCAACAUUAAGGACAGACAAGGAAUCAUAAUUAAGACCACAGACAAUGAUACAUUGGUUUGUGUUGAGAAAGUGAACCGAUAUGAUGCAGGGAAAUACAUUCUGAAUCUUGACAGUGUAAGCGGAAUGAAGAUGUACACAGUUGUUGUCAAGGUCCUUGAUACACCUGGACCUCCACUGAAUCUGAUGGUAAAAGAGAUGACGAAGGACAGUGCCUCUAUCCUGUGGGAUGCACCUCUAAUUGAUGGUGGAAGUGAGAUUACAGGUUACAUUGUUGAAAAGCGAGAUGCAGAAAGGAAAGCAUGGUCAACUGUUUCAACCACUUGUAACAAAACCUCUUUUAAGAUUGAUGAUCUGGAAGCUGGAAGAUCAUAUUGCUUUAGGGUUCUGGCUCAGAAUGAAUAUGGCAUUGGUGAAGCUUGUGAAACUGCAGAUGCUGUCAGAGCCUCUGAACAACCAGGACCAGUUAUGGACUUUAAGACAUUGCUUGUAACCAAGGACUCUUGUACUCUGUCCUGGAAAAAACCCAUUAGUGAUGGAGGUAGCCGUAUCAUUGCAUAUGUGCUUGAGGUCCUUAAUGGUGAGGACAAAUGGAAGGAACUUCUUAGAUCAAAGAACAUGCAAUAUAGUGCAAAAGAUCUUGUUGAAGGAAGAGAAUAUAAAUAUAGAGUAAAAGCAACAAAUGAUUCUGGUGACGGUCCUGAACAGGAACUCUCUGUGAUUGCAAAAGAUGUCAAUGUUUAUCCAAGCUGUGACUUGCGAGAGUUGCCAAACUUGAACUACAUUGCAAAGGAAGGAAGCACUGUACGUCUCAAGAUUCCUAUUAUUGGAAAACCUGUCCCUGUAGUCACAUGGAAGAAGGGAGAGGAUGAAAAUCUCACAGACACGGGGAGAGUGUGUGUAGAAUCUACAGCUGUUAACACAACUCUCUUGAUUCGUGACUGCCAAAGGACUGAUGCCUCAAAAUACACCAUCACUCUACGUAACACUGCUGGAACAAAAGAGUCCACAAUUUUUGUGAGAGUUGUUGGUAAACCAGGUAUUCCAACUGCACCAAUUAAGUUCAAGGAAGUGACUGCAGAUGGUGCAACCUUGAAAUGGGGUGCUCCUAAAGAUGAUGGCGGAUCAGAAGUUACCAACUACAUUCUUGAAAAACGGGAUUCUGUUACCAAUAUGUGGGUCACUGUGUCCUCAUCAGUGGACACAAACACUUUCAGAGUGACUGGUCUCCAUGAGGGAACAGAGUACAUCUUUAGAGUUAGUGCAGAAAACAAAUAUGGAAUUGGGGAGGGCCUCAAAUCAGAGCCUAUGGUUGCCAAGCAUCCAUUCAAUGUACCAGAUUCACCUCCUGCACCACAAGUCAUGAGUAUGCGUCAUGAUUCAGCAACUCUUGCAUGGUCUGAUCCAAGGAAAACUGGAGGCUCACCAAUCACAGGUUACCAUGUUGAAUUCAAGGAAAGAAAUAGCAUGUUGUGGAAAAGAGCAAGCCCAGCUGCUUUGAAGAUGAGGGAUUUCAAAGUGACAGGUUUAACCGAGGGUUUAGAGUAUGAGUUCAGAGUUAUGGCUAUAAAUCUGGCCGGUGUUGGAAGGCCAAGUCCCGCAACUGAGGCAAUGGUUGCCUUGGAUCCAAUUGAUGCACCUGGCAGACCUGAUGUGAUUAGCAUCACUAGAAGCACUGUAACACUUCAAUGGACAGAACCUCAAUAUGAUGGUGGACACAGGCUCACAGGCUACAUUGUUGAAAGACGUGAUCUCCCAGCUAAGGUCUGGGUGAAGGCUAACACAGUCAAUGUUGUGGAUUGUGCAUAUACAGUAACUGACUUGCAGGAGGGUUGCAAGUAUGAAUUCAGAAUAAGAGCAAAGAAUGCAGCUGGAGCGAUAAGUCCACCCUCUGAACAAACUGAUACCCUUGUAUGCACAGAUGAAUAUGCGGCACCAACCAUUAUCAUUGAUCCAACAGUUAAGGAGGGGCUUACUCUCAGAGCAGGUGAUACAAUUAUAAUAACAGCAACAAGCAUUGAGGGCAAACCUCAACCAACCUCUGUGUGGUCAAAGGGUGGAAAGUAUUUCAAGCCAUCAGAUGUGUGUCAAAUAGAAACUACCCCUUCCUCCUCUACACUUUCAAUUAAGUAUGCAAGUAGGAAGGAAUCAGGAGAGUACACAAUUACAGCAAGUAACCCAUUUGGUGUCAAAGAGGAGAAUGUGAAAGUGACAGUUUUAGAUGUUCCUGGACCUCCAGGGCCAGUUGAAGCAAGUGGAAUUUCAUCUGAAAAGGUCACUUUGACAUGGACACCACCUCAUGAAGAUGGUGGCUCUUCAAUAAAGUAUUACACUUUGGAGAAAAGAGAAACAAGCCGUCUCCUGUGGACCAUUCUUGCCGAAAAGGUCAUUGACUGCCACUUUGUUGCAAAUAAGCUUAUCCAGGGAAAUGAAUACAUCUUCCGUGUUUCUGCUGUCAACAAUUCUGGAACUGGUGAUGCUUCCCAUUCUGAUCCAGUCAAAAUGGUGGAUAGCUAUGGUCCCCCAGGCCCUCCAGCUAAACCAGAGGUUAAAAAUGUUGAAGGAAAUUCUGUAACCAUUGCAUGGAAAAGACCAGCUGAGGAUGGAGGAAGUGAUAUAACAGGCUACAUGGUGGAGAAGAAAGAAAAGAAAGGCAUGAGAUGGGCACGAGCAUCAAAGAAAACAAUCGCUGACCUCCAGUUUACAGUAAUGGGGCUAAAAGAGGGAAUUGAAUAUGAAUUCAGAGUAUCUGCUGAGAAUGUGGCAGGCUUUGGGGAGCCAAGCGAACAUUCACUGCCUGUAAGGACCAAGGUUGUUGCAGAUGUACCGGAACCUCCAGUCAACCCAAGAGUCACUGACACUACAAAAACAACAGCCGAAUUGCGUUGGGGCAAGCCACUUUAUGAUGGUGGCAUGGAAGUCACAGGUUACCUAGUUGAGCACAAAAAGGAGGGAGAAGAAGACUGGUUGAAAGACACAGUUGCACCUCUAAGGAUCACUGAGUUUGUUGUCGCCAACUUGCAGGCAGGAGCGAAGUAUCAUUUCAGAAUUAGUGCAGUGAAUGCAAUGGGCGUUAGUGAACCAGCACAAACAGAGGAUCUUUAUGAAAUUGUUGAACGUGAAGAAAUCCCUGAUCUAGAACUUGAUGUUGAACUCAGAAGGACAUUAGUUGUUAGAGCAGGUGCCUCUAUUCGUAUAUUUAUUCCUAUUAAAGGGCGUCCAACUCCUACAGUGAUGUGGACAAAAGAGGAUUCACCAUUGAAAACUCGCGCACACAUUGACAAUUCUGAAUCAUACACCCUGUUAGUCAUUCCUGAGUGUAAUAGGCGUGAUGCAGGGAAAUAUGACUUGACAUUAGAAAAUGCUGCUGGAAAGAAGACUGCCUCUGUGUAUGUAAGGGUUUUGGACUCACCCGGGCCUCCUCUCAACCUGAAACCCAAAGCAAUUGAUAAAGAGAGCAUCACUUUGCAAUGGGAAAUGCCUCUUAUUGAUGGAGGUGCAAAGAUUACCAAUUACAUAAUUGAGAAAAGAGAGUCUACCCGCAAGGCGUAUGCUGCUGUGAUCACACAAUGUGAGACAUGCUUUGUUAGAGUUCCAGAUCUGGGAGAGGGUUUAGAGUAUUAUUUCAGAGUUUUUGCUGAAAAUGAGUAUGGCAUUGGUGAAGCAGUUGAAACUCCAGACCCAAUCAGAGUAUCUCAAGCACCAACUCCACCAGAAAAUGUCACUUUUACUGAUGUUACAAAGAACUCAGUUAGUCUUGCAUGGACUAAACCAAAACAUGAUGGUGGAAGUAGAGUUACAGGUUAUGUAAUUGAGGCACAAAAGAAAGGAACAGACCAGUGGGCGCAUGUGACAACUGUGAAGACUUUUGACUUUGUUGUAAAAAAUCUUAAUGAAAACGAAGAGUAUGUAUUUCGUGUGAUGGCUGUGAACAGUUCUGGCCGAAGUCUUCCUCGCACAAGCAAGCCUGUUGUUAUCAGAGAACAAAGUUCUGAGCCAGAAUUUGACCUCCGUGGUGUGUGUCAGAAGAUUGUUAUUGCCAAGGCUGGUGAUGAUAUUAAGGUUGAGGUGCCUGUUUCUGGACGUCCUAAACCAACUGUUUCCUGGCAGAAAGACAAUCAGCCCCUAAAACUGACACAACGUACAAUGAUUGAAAAUACGUCUACCUCAACUAUAUUGAUCAUAAAUGAAUGUUUGAGGAGUGACUGUGGAGAGUACUCAAUGACAGGGAAGAACAUAGUUGGCUCAGUUACAGAUAGCAUUACUGUAAAGGUGCAUGAUGUGCCUGGACCACCAAAGGGACCAAUUAAACUGGACAAAAUAUCACGUACUUUCAUUGAAUUCUCAUGGGAAGCUCCUGAAAAUGAUGGAGGAGUACCAAUCAAUAACUAUAUAGUUGAAAUAAGGGAAACUACUAGCCAGACAUGGGUAGAACUGUCCUCACUGAUCAUUCGUACAACAUUUAAAGCAACCCGUUUAAUAACUGGAGUUGAGUACCAAUUCCGUGUCAAGGCCAAAAACCGAUAUGGCACAGGGCCUCCGAUAACAUCAGAGGCAGUGGUUGCUGCAUAUCCAUUUAAGGUGCCUGGACCACCAGGAACACCCAAAGUUGUCACGUUCACUAAAGAUACAAUGACAAUUGGCUGGAAUGAACCUGUUGCUGAUGGCGGAAGCGAGGUCAUUGGUUACCAUAUUGAAAGGAAAGAGAGGAACAGUAUUAUUUGGCACAGGAUUAGCAAAGCACUUGUGGUUGGAAAUCUGUUCAAAUCCACAGGACUUGAGGAUGGUGUUGCAUAUGAAUUCCGUGUGAUUGCUGAAAACAUAGCUGGAAUUGGAAAACCAAGCAAGGCUUCUGAACCAAUGCUUGCUCUUGAUCCAGUGGAUCCACCUGGUCAACCUGUCCCAUCCUAUGUGUCGAAAAAUGCCAUCACUAUCCAGUGGACAAAACCAGAGUAUGAUGGUGGAUUCAAGAUUACUGGUUACACUGUGGAAAAGAAAGACCUUCCAGCUGGACGCUGGAUAAGAGCUAAUUUUACAAAUAUUAUCGAAACUACAUUCACUAUAAGUGGUCUAACACAAGAUGCCUCUUAUGAAUUCCGUGUGCUUGCAAGAAAUUCAGCAGGUGCUGUUAGUAACCCAUCAGAUCCAUCAGAUCCAAUUAUUUGCAAAGAUGACAUUGAAGAACCAAGAAUUAUGGUUGAUGCUAAAUUUAAAGAUAUUGUACUUGUCAAAGCAGGAGAGAUGUUCAAACUUGAAGCUGAUGUUGUAGGCCAACCAUUACCAUCUAUGGUUUGGACAAAAGAUGGAAAAGAUGUUGAAAACACAUCCAAAUUACAGAUUAAAAUGACAGACAUUACAGCAGCCUUGAUCAACAAGGAUUCUGUCAGAAUGGAUGGUGGUGAAUUUGUGCUGACAGCAACAAAUAUAGGUGGUUUUGCUAAGCAUGUCUUCAAUGUGAAGGUUCUCGAUAGACCAGGACCACCUAAAGGACCUCUGGCAGUUUCAGAUAUUACAGCAGAAAAAUGUGUGCUCACAUGGAAUCCACCUGCAGAUGAUGGUGGUGCAAACAUUCAGCAUUAUAUUAUUGAAAAACGUGAGUCAAGCAGACUUGCAUGGACAAAUGUGGCAUCAGACUUGCAGGUUAACCAGUACCAAGUGACAAAACUGCUCAAAGGUAAUGAAUACAUUUUCAGAGUUAUGGCUGUUAACAAGUAUGGUGUUGGAGAACCUCUUGAGUCUGAACCAACAAUUGCAGAAAAUCCAUAUGUACCACCAAGUCCUCCACAAACACCUGAGAUUACAGCAGUCACCAAGGACUCAAUGGUCCUCUGUUGGGGGGCACCAGUGAGCAAUGGUGGAAGUGAAAUCACCAAUUAUCGCAUUGAGAAAAGAGAUAAGAUUGGCUUGCGCUGGGUUAAAUGUAACAAAAAGAAAGUUACAGACUUAUAUUUCAAGGUUACUGCACUUGUUCCAAGCCAUGAAUAUGAAUUCAGAGUUUUUGCAGAAAAUGCAGCAGGAAUAAGUGAACCAAGCCCUUCAUCACUAUUUGUCAAGGCCACAGACACUCUUUUCAAACCAGGUCCACCUGGCAACCCAAGAGUCCUGGACACAACAAGUUCUUCCAUCACCAUUGCAUGGAACAAACCAGUUUAUGAUGGCGGUUCUGAAAUAACUGGGUAUAUUGUUGAGACCUCUCUCCCUGGAACUGAAGAGGAAGAAUGGACAAUUGUCUCCCCUAAAGAGGGUGUAAAGGGGACAUCAUUUACAAUUACAAAUCUUAAAGAAAAUCAGGAAUAUAAAAUCAACGUGUCUGCUCUAAAUAGCGAGGGUAUUGGAGAAGCAGCAUCUAUUCCUGGUUCACCAAAAGCAGAGGAAAGAAUCAUACCACCAGAGGCUGACCUUGAUGCUGAACUUCGUAAGAUUGUGAACAUCAGAGCUUGCAAUACACUGAGACUUUUUGUGCCAAUUAGAGGUAGACCAACACCAGAGGUUAAAUGGUCUAGAGAGAAUGAUGAACCUUUAGACAGAGCUACAAUUGAAACUACAUCAUCUUUUACAUCACUGGUUAUUGGAAAUGUGAAUAGAUUUGACAGUGGAAAAUACAAUUUGACUGUCGAAAACAGCUCCGGAUCAAAGACAGUCUCUGUGACUGUUAGAGUUCUAGAUACACCUGGAGCACCACAAAACCUUAAAAUUUGUAGGGUCACUAAAGAAUCUGUUUCACUUGUGUGGGAUCCUCCACUAAAUGAUGGUGGUGCCAAAAUUAAAAAUUACAUUGUUGAAAAGCGUGAGGCAACAAGAAAGGCAUAUGCUACAGUUAAUGCAAUCUGUCACAAAACUACAUGCACAGUUGAUCAACUCCAAGAAGGCUGCAACUACUACUUUAGAGUUCUAGCAGAAAAUGAAUAUGGUGUUGGUCUUCCUAUUGAGACUGGUGAAUCAGUGAAAGUGUCUGAGAAGCCACUCCCCCCUGGCAAGAUUACACUUCAAGAUGUCACAAAGACAAGUGUCACAUUAUCGUGGGAGAAACCUGAACAUGAUGGAGGAAGUAGAGUGGUUGCAUAUGUUGUAGAGAUGCAGAGUAAAGGGAGUGAAAAAUGGACACAAGCUGUGAUUGUUAAGGUAUGUGAGGCAGUUAUUACUGGGCUUGCACCUGGUGAAGAAUACAUGUUCCGUGUUUCUGCAAGGAAUGAAAAGGGAACCAGUGAUCCUCGUCAAAUUGGUGUACCUGUGAUUGCCAAGGACCUUGUGUUUGCUCCAUCUGCAAAGCUGUUGUUCUCAACAUUCAGUGUCCUGGCAGGAGAGGAUUUGACAAUUGAUAUUCCAUAUAUCGCUCGUCCCAAGGCUGCCAUUUCAUGGCUAAAGGAAGCAGUUCCACUUAAACGAACAACCAGGGUUAACUUUUCCUCUACGGAUACACUGCUGAAUCUAAUAAUCAAAGAGUCAUGUAGAGAUGAUGUUGGCCAGUAUAGCAUUACACUAUCAAAUACAGCUGGUGACACAACAGUGGAUAUUGGAAUAGUUGUUCUUGACAAACCUGGUCCACCAACAGGCCCUGUUAAAGUUGAAGAAGUAACAGCUGACAGUGUUACAAUUUCUUGGAAGCCACCAGAGUAUGAUGGGGGCUGCACAAUUAACAACUACAUAGUAGAAAAGAGGGACACAUCCACAACAAAUUGGCAGGUUGUAGCAGCAAAUCUAGCAAGAACUCAAAUUAAGGCUGGAAGACUAAAGACAGGCUCUGAAUAUCAGUUCAGAAUUGUAGCAGAAAACCGAUAUGGCAAAAGCCCUCUGCUUAUGUCUGAAUGUGUUGUUGCACAAUAUCCAUACAAACUACCAGGCCCUCCUGGAACACCCUUUGUGCAGUCAUCCACAAAAGAAAGCAUGCUGGUGGUGUGGAAUGAACCUGUCAUUGAUGGUGGAAGCACAAUUUUGGGAUAUCAUCUUGAACGUAAAGAGAGAAACAGCAUUCUUUGGAUUAAACUUAACAAAAGUCUAAUUCAAGACACAACAUUCAAGACCACAGGCCUUGAGGAAGGCCUGGAGUAUGAGUUCAGAGUUUAUGCUGAAAACAUAGUUGGUAUUGGGAAGGCUAGCAAGGUCUCAGAGGGCUACAUUGCUAGAGAUCCCUGUGAUCCUCCUGGAACACCAGAAGCAGUUAAGAUCACAAAGAAUUCAGUUACAAUUGUUUGGACCAAGCCAGAGUAUGAUGGUGGAAGCAAAGUCAUUGGAUACAUUGUAGAGAAAAAGGAAUUGCCUGCGGGACGCUGGAUGAAGGCAAACUUCACUAAUGUCAUAGAGACUGAGUAUACUGCAACAGGUCUUACAGAGGACCAGAAAUAUGAGUUCCGUGUCAUUGCAAGAAAUGCUGCUGGGGUUUUCAGUGAUCCUUCAUACAGUACUGGACCUAUAAUGGCAAAAGAUGAGAUUGAACCACCACACAUCAGCAUAGAUCCAGAGUACACUCAAACAAUUAUUGUAAAUGCUGGAGACAACUUCAAGAUUGAUGCUGAUGUUCAUGGAAAACCAAUACCCACAAUCCACUGGAUGAAGAGUGAGCAGGAACUUGGAAACACCAUACAUCGUGAAAUUAAAAGCACAGACAGCUUUACCUGUUUGACUGUAAAAGAGGCCAAACUUGCUGAUGGAGGUCAAUAUACUCUACUGCUGCGAAAUCCAGGAGGAGAGAAAGCUGUCCAAGUCAAUGUCAGUGUCCUAGAUAAGCCUGGGCCACCAGAGGGACCUAUCUCCAUCAAAGGUGUAACCAGUGAGCAAUGCUGUCUUACAUGGAAACCACCUAAACAAGAUGGUGGCAGCAAGAUCACUCACUAUAUUGUUGAAAAAAGAGAGACUAGCAGACUACUUUGGACAGUUGUUGAACCCAAAGUUCAAGCUGAAAACCUUAAAGUGACAAAACUGCUUGAAGGAAAUGAAUAUAUUUUCAGAGUCUUACCAGUUAACAAAUUUGGUGUUGGUCAGCCAUUGCAGUCAAGUGCAGUUGCUAUCAAAAAUCCAUUUACACCUCCAGAUGCACCAAAAAGUGUGGACAUCUCUAAUGUUAAAAAAGAUUCUAUGGUCUUAACCUGGGAGGCCCCAACCAAUGAUGGUGGCACUCCUGUCACUGGAUAUAUUAUUGAGAAACAUGACAAGGAAGGUAUUAGGUGGACUAGAUGCAACAUGAAAACAGGUACUAACCUCACAUUUAAAGUUACUGGACUCCUUGAGAACCACCUCUAUGAAUUCAGAGUUUCUGCUGAGAAUGCUGCUGGAGUUGGUGAGGCAAGUUCUCCAACUGUAUUUUAUAAAGCACUGGAUCCUGUCUUCAAGCCAGGCCCACCACAUAAUCCAAAAGUGAUUGACAUGACCAGAUCAUCUGUUGUACUUACAUGGGGAAAGCCUAUUUAUGAUGGUGGCUGUGAGAUCCAGGGAUACAUUGUUGAAGCAUGUGAAGUAAAAGCAGGGGAGGUAAAAACUCCAGUAGAGGAAGGCAAGGCUGCAGAGGAAUCAGCAGCUGAAGAAUGGACAAUGUGCACCCCACCAACAGGUGUUAAAUUAACACGCUUUACUUUGGAAAAUCUGAAAGAAAAACAAGAAUACAAAUUCAGGGUUUGUGCAGUUAACAAGGUUGGUGUUGGAGAGCAUGCUGAUGUUGCUGGACCCAUUCUACCAGAGGACAAAACUGAGGAACCAGAUCUUGAUAUUGAUCCUGAGUUUAGAAAGCUUAUACGUAUUAAAGCUGGAGGUUCUCUCAGGAUUUUCAUCCCUGUCAGAGGAAGACCAACUCCACAAAUCACAUGGGAAAAGGAUGGUGGGCAAAUCAAGGAGACAGCACAGAUUGAGACAACCAGCAGUUACACUUCCCUUGUGAUUGAUAAAAUAAAUAGGGCAGACAGUGGUAAAUACAAUGUGAUUGCAGAAAACUCUGCUGGUGCAAAAUCAGAAACCAUUAGUGUCAAAGUCCUUGAUACACCAAGUGCUCCGCUCAACCUCAAAGUGAAAGAAAUUACAAAGGAAUCUGUCACACUUACAUGGGAGCCUCCUUCUUUGGAUGGUGGUGCAAAGAUAAAAAAUUACAUUGUUGAGAAGCGUGAGAGCACUAGAAAAACAUUCUCUGCUGUUGUCACAAACUGCCACACACUUUCAUGGAAAAUUGAACCACUUCAAGAAGGCUGCAGUUACUAUUUUAGAGUGCUGGCAGAAAAUGAACAUGGUGUAGGAUUACCUGCAGAUAUCACUGAUCCUUUGAAGGUUUCAGAAGUGCCACAAUGUCCUGGUAAAUUAAGUGUUGUAGAUGUUACUAAAACAAGUGUGUCUCUUGCUUGGGAAAAGCCUAUUCAUGAUGGUGGCAGUAGAAUUCUUCAGUAUCUUGUUGAAAUGCAAGUCAAGGGUAAUGACAAAUGGUCUGGUUGUGCCAAUGUAAAAACAUUAGAGGCUAUAAUUAAUAAUCUGAACCCUGGAGAAGAGUACAUUUUCAGAGUAAUUGCUAUCAAUGAAAAAGGAAAGAGUGACCCUAGAACACUUGCUGUGCCAGUGCAAGCAAAGGACCUUGUCAUUGAGCCUGAUGUAAGACCUGCAUUUAGCAACUACAGUGUUCUUGUUGGAAAGGACCUACAAGUUGAAAUUCCAAUUUCUGGUCGCCCAAAGCCAAAGGUCACAUGGACAAAGGAUGGUGCAGCCCUCAAAUUCACAACAAGGGUUAACAUUUCUAAUACAGUACACAGCACAAUUCUUAGCAUUAAAGAAGCAGCAAGAGAGGAUGGUGGAAUGUAUGGAAUAAAUGUGUCCAAUGUUGUUGGACAGAAGGAUGCAACCAUUGAAAUCAUCACUCUUGAUAAACCCGGCCCACCAACUGGCCCUGUGCGAUUUGAUGAGAUAACUGUAUCAAGCAUUACAUUGUCAUGGGAUCCUCCUAAGUUUACUGGUGGUUGCACAAUUUCAAAUUACAUUGUGCAAAAGAGAGAUACAACUACAACAACAUGGGAGAAUGUUGCCAUUUCAGUAUCAAGAACAACACUGAAAGUACCAAGACUGAAAACCGGUGCUGAGUAUCAAUUCAGAAUCAUUGCUCAAAACAGAUAUGGCAAGAGUUAUGCUUUGGACUCUUCAGCUGUUGUUGCUCAGUAUCCUUAUAGAGAGCCAGGACCCCCAGGAACUCCAUUUGUGUCAUCACUAUCUAAGGACCAUAUGGUUGUUGAGUGGCAUGAGCCAGUUUCUGAUGGAGGCAGCAGCAUUAUUGGAUACCAUCUUGAAAGGAAAGAGAGAAACAGCAUCCUUUGGACAAAGAUAAAUAAGACAUUGAUUCAAGACACACAAUUCAAAACCAGUCCUUUAGAGGAAGGUGUUGAAUAUGAGUUCAGAGUCUAUGCUGAAAAUAUUGUUGGCAUUGGCAGAUGCAGCAAAAUUUCAGAGGGCUUUAUUGCUCGUGAUCAAUGUGAUCCUCCUGGAACCCCAGAAGCUAUACAUGUCAGUAAAAAUUCCAUAACCAUCCAAUGGACAAAGCCAGAGUAUGAUGGUGGAAGUGUUAUCACUGGCUAUACUGUUGAGAAACGUGAUCUUCCAGAGGGACGCUGGAUGAAAGCAAGUUUCACAAAUGUUAUUGAAACCAAUUUUACUGUCACUGGGCUGACAGAAGGUGCUAAAUAUGACUUCAGGGUAAUUGCAAAGAAUGCAGUUGGCACUAUCAGCAAGCCAUCAUACAACAGUGGACCUGUUGCAGCAUUGGAUGAGGUAGAGCCACCAAAGUUCUCAAUUGACCCAGAAUACACCCAGGCUAUUAUCGUGAAUGCAGGAGAUACAUUUAAACUUGAAGCUGAUGUUCAUGGUAGGCCUGUUCCCACAAUCCAGUGGUUUAAGAAUGACAAGGAGGUUGAAAACACAAUUAGAUGUGAAAUCAAAAACACUGACAACAGAGCCUUAAUCACUGUAAAAGAUGCAGUCAGACAAGAUGGUGGAAAUUACACUCUUCAGCUCACUAAUGUUGCUGGCUCUCAGACUGUUCCAUUCCAAGUAAAGGUGCUUGAUAAACCAUGCCCACCAGAAGGGCCUCUUCAUGUCACAGGUGUAUCAAGCGAUAAAUGUACUCUUACAUGGCGUGCUCCACAAGACGAUGGAGGAAGCACUAUCUCUCAUUACAUUAUUGAGAGACGUGAGACAAGUCGCCUUGCUUGGACUGUUGUUUCUAAUGAUUGCAAAACAACAACGUACAAAGUAACAAAGCUCCUAGAAGGUAAUGAAUAUAUUUUCCGUGUUAUGGCUGUCAACAGUUAUGGUGUUGGUGAGCCAAUAGUUACACCAUCCACAAUAAUGAAAGACCCAUUUGUUCCCCCUGGCUCACCACAAAUUAUUGAGGUGACAAAUAUUGCAAGGGACUCCAUGACUGUUUGCUGGAGUGCACCAGACUCUGAUGGUGGAAGUGAAAUUCUUGGCUACAUUAUUGAGAAAAGAGACCGGUCUGGAAUUAAAUGGACAAGAUGCAACAGACAGAAAGUCACUGAUGUAUGUUUCAGAGUUCAAGGACUUAUAGAGGAUCAUGAAUAUGAAUUCAAAGUAUCAGCUGAAAAUGCAGCUGGAAUUGGAGUACCAAGCUUGCCAACUUCAUACUAUAAGGCUUGUGAUCCCAAAUACAAACCUGGUCCACCCAUGAAUGCACAUGUUAUUGAUACAACCAAGACUUCAAUUACAGUGGCAUGGGGAAAACCCAUUAAUGAUGGGGGAUGCGCAAUUCAAGGAUAUAUUGUUGAGAUAUGCAAAGCUGAAGAGGAGGAAUGGACUAUGUGUACUCCCCCUACUGGCCUUCGUAUCAACAAAUUUGAAAUCACUAAGCUAACAGAACAACAAGAAUAUAAGAUUCAAAUAUGUGCCAUCAAUAAAUUAGGUGUUGGGGAACCCGCAGUUAUUCCAGGAACUGCAAAGACUGAGGACAAGCUAGAGGCUCCUGAAAUUCACCUUGAUUCCGAGCUGAGGAAAGGCAUUGUUGUACGUUGUGGAGGGUCAGUUAGAGUCAAUGUACCAUUCAGAGGCAGACCGAUGCCAGAUAUCAAAUGGACUAAAGAUGAAGGUGAAUUGUCAGAAAAGUCAGUGAUUGAAAAGUGUCUUAACUUCACCCAGCUUUCAAUAGACUCUUGUGAUAGAAGGGACUCUGGAAAAUACACUGUGACUCUAGAGAACAGCAGUGGCUCUGUUUCUGAAUUUGUGGCUGUUAAAGUGUUAGAUACACCUGGAGCACCAGUGAACCUUGUAGUUAAGGAUAUCAAGACAGACAAUGUCACACUUGUUUGGGAACCACCACUUAUUGAUGGAGGUGCAAAGAUCAAGAAUUAUGUUGUUGACAAGCGUGAAUCCACAAGAAAGGCUUAUGCAAAUGUAACAAACAAGUGCACCAAGACAACUUAUAAGGUGGAAAAUCUUGUAGAAGGUGCCAUGUAUUACUUCAGAGUUAUGGCAGAAAAUGAAUAUGGUGUUGGUUUACCAGUUGAAACAAAGACAGCUUCAAAGGCCUCUGAAGUACCUCAACCAGUUGGAAAGGUAAUGUUGACUGAUGUGACUAAAGUAAGCGCAUCUCUUGCUUGGGAAAAACCAGAGCAUGAUGGUGGUAGUAGAAUUGUAGGCUACCUUAUUGAAAUGCUUCCAAAAGGAACUGACAAAUGGGGUGUAGCAACAAAUGUAAAAGAAUGUGAAGGAACAGUUACUGGACUGACUGCUGGUAAGGAAUAUGCAUUCCGUGUUCUGGCAUACAAUGAGAAAGGCAAAAGUGAGCCAAGGGCUCUUGCUGCACCUGUUAUUGCAAAUGACCUCACAAUUGAGCCAAGCCUAAAAUUGCAGUUCAACACAUAUAGUGUCAAAUCUGGAGAUGAUUUCAAACUUGAAAUACCUAUUUUUGGACGUCCAAAACCAAAAAUUACUUGGACAAAGGAUGGACAGUCACUCAAGGUUACAUCCAGAGUUAGUACUUCAAACACACCAACCUCCACAGUCCUACAGAUUACUGAAGCCUGUAAAGACGACCUUGGAAAAUAUGCAGUUACUGCAACAAACAGUGCUUGUACAGUUACAGAAGAUAUCUGUAUCAUAAUCCUAGAUAAACCUGGUCCACCCAAAGGACCAAUAAAAAUAAAUGAAGUUAGCAAUAACUCUGUUUCCAUUUCAUGGGAACCUCCAGAGUACACUGGAGGCUGCCAAGUAAAGCAUUACAUUGUUGAAAAGCGAGACAACACUGAAACUACUUGGCAAGUUGUUGCUGGUUCUGUUGCCAGGACAUCUCUCAAAAUUACCAAUUUGAAAACAGGUGCUGAGUUUCAGUUUAGAGUCAUUGCUGAGAAUAGAUAUGGUAAGGGUGCUUCUUUGGACUCAAAGUCAAUUGUCGUGCAAUAUCCUUACAAACCCCCUGGGCCACCUGGUACUCCAUAUGUAAAGUCUGCCACCAAGGAUCAAAUGAUAAUUGAGUGGAAUGAACCAGUCAAUGAUGGUGGCAGUUCAGUGAUUGGAUAUCACCUUGAGAGCAAAGAAAGAACAAGUAUUCUAUGGACGAAACUAAACAAAACCCUUAUUACUGAUACAGUUUUCAAAAUAUGCAAUCUUGAGGAAGGAAUUGGAUAUGAAUUCAGGGUAUGUGCUGAAAACAUUGUUGGUAUUGGGAGAGCAAGCAAAGUUUCAGAGAGCUUUGUUGCUCGUGACCCAUGUGAUCCACCUGGUACUCCUGAGGCUGUGGUAAUAUCAAAGAACCACAUUAGGAUUCAGUGGACAAAGCCUCAAUAUGAUGGUGGCAGCAAAGUCACUGGAUAUAUUGUUGAAAGGAGAGAUUUGCCUGAGGGACGAUGGAUAAGGGCAAACUUUACCAAUGUAAUUGAGACAGAAUUUACCAUCACAGGCUUAACAGUAGACAAUCAAUAUGAAUUUAGAGUAAUUGCAAGAAAUGCAGCUGGUGUCUUCAGUGAGCCUUCUGACAGCACUGGACCAAUUACUGCUACAGACGAAAUUGAACCUCCUAGUGUUUCAAUGGAUCCCAAGUACAAGGAUGUCAUUAUUGUCAGUGCUGGAGAUAAUUUAGUUUUGGAUGCAGAUAUUCAUGGUAAACCCACUCCUGAUGUCCAAUGGCUAAAAGAAGGAAAGGAAAUUGAUAAGAUACUGCGCGUUGAAGUAAAAAGCACACAGAAAUAUGCUUCUAUUACAAUCAAAGACUGUACAAGAUUGGACAGUGGACACUAUGAUCUUGUUAUAAGCAACAGUGGUGGAACAAAAACAAUUCCAAUAAGAGUAAAAGUUCUUGAUAGACCAGGUCCACCCACUGGACCACUACGUGUAGCUGGCAUCAUGUCUGAUAAAUGUGAUCUUUACUGGUCUGAGCCAUCACAGAAUGGAGGUGCUAAUAUUUCUCAUUACAUCCUUGAGAAAAGGGAAACUAGCAGGCUAUCAUGGACUGUUGUUGAUACCAACAUCUCAACUGUGAAUUAUAAGGUGACUAAGCUUUUGGCAGGUGAUGAAUAUAUCUUUAGAGUAAUGGCUGUUAACAAAUAUGGCAUUGGUCAACCUUUGGAAUCUGAAGCUAUUAUUGCACGCAAUCCAUACAAGCCACCAAGUGCCCCAUCAGCACCAGAGGCAAGUGAGAUAACAAAAGAUUCAAUGACUCUAUCAUGGACUGCACCAGAGAGUGACGGGGGAGCAGAAAUUAUUUCUUAUCACUUGGAAAAGCGUGACAAAGAUGGGGUGAGAUGGACAAAAUGCAACAGAAAGAAGUUCACUGAUCUGCAUUUUAAAGUUACUGGUCUGUCAGAGGGACAUUUCUAUGAAUACCGUGUGGCUGCUGAGAAUGAAUCUGGGGUAGGAGAAUUUAGUGAACUGUCUCUAUUUUAUAGAGCAAUAAAUGCCACAACUCCCCCAGGUCCACCUCAUCAUCCUAAAGUUACAGAUUACACUAGCUCAUCUGUAUCUCUGUCUUGGGGCAAGCCUGCUACUGAUGGUGGAGCAUAUGUUAAAGGUUACAUUGUUGAGAUGAAAGAAGUUUCUUCAGAGGAAUGGACCAUAUGCACACCACCAGCUGGUGUACAAGCAACACGCCUAACAGUUGAAAAGCUGAAGGAAAAUGCUGAGUAUAAAUUCCGUGUCUGUGCCAUUAAUUCUGAAGGAGUUGGUGAGCCAGCUGAUGUUUAUGGCUCAGUGACUGCAUCUGAAAAAAUUGAGGCACCUGAAAUUGAACUUGAUGCUGACCUCAGGAAAGUUGUCUCAGUUCGUGCAGGGGGAUCUCUUCGCCUUUUCAUUACAAUUAGAGGUAGACCUGAGCCAUCCAUCAAAUGGGAAAAGGAGGAUGGAACUCUAACAGAACAUGCUCAGAUCGAGUCCACAGGUUCAUAUACCAUGCUUGUAAUUGACAACGUCAAUAGAUUUGACAGUGGAAAAUAUGUCUUAACUCUUGAGAAUAAGAGCGGCACAAAAUCUGCAUUUGUGAAUGUCAGGGUGCUCGAUACACCAAGUUCUCCACAGAAGUUUGAAGUGAAAGAUGUUAAGAAAGAUUCUGUGAAUCUCUGCUGGGAGCCACCACUUACAGAUGGGGGAGCUAAAAUAACUAAUUAUAUUGUUGAGAAGCGAGAAUCUACAAGGAAAGCUUAUACAUCUGUGACAAGCAACUGCACACAAACUUCCUUUAAAGUUGAUGAACUGCAGGAGGGAGGCAUUUUCUAUUUCCGUGUGUGUGCUGUCAAUGAGUAUGGCUUUGGCUUGAUGGCAGAAACAAAAAAUCCUAUAAAGGUUGCGCAGGUACCUUUGCCACCUGGAAAAGUAACUCUUGUGGAUAUUACAAAGAACAGCGUGACACUGACUUGGGUAAAACCCAUCCAUGAUGGAGGCAGUAAAAUCAUCUGCUACAAUGUAGAGAUGCACCCCAAGAGCAGUGACAAAUGGGGUGUAAGCUGCACAGUUAAGGUUCCAGAGGCUACUGUGAGCAACCUCACACCUGGUGAAACAUACUUAUUCAGAGUUUUUGCACUUAAUGAGAAGGGUAAGAGUGAGCCUCGAGAACUUGGUGUGCCUGUUGUUGCUAAAGAUAUUGAGAUUGAACCCUCAGUACAACUGCUGUUCAAUACUUAUAGUGUUAAGGCUGGAGAUGAUCUUACUGUAGAAGUCCCUGUGAGAGGCAGGCCUAAGCCAGUUGUCUCAUGGAAAAAGGAUGGCCUCCCUCUGAGGCAAACAACCUCUCUUUCAAUCAUAAACACUAUAGUGUCCAGCAAAAUUGUCAUCAAGGAAGCUGCUAUUGAGCAUGUUGGUAAAUACGAAAUCACUCUUGCUAAUACAGCAGGCACCAUGUCCACAGAUAUUGGUAUUGUUGUUCUUGAUAAUCCUGGACCACCAGCUUCAGUAAAGGUUGAUGCUGUGACUUCUGACAGUAUUACGUUGUCAUGGACCCCACCAGAGUAUGAUGGUGGAUGCUCUAUAAACAAUUACAUUGUUGAAAAGAGAGAUACCAAUACAACAGAGUGGCAGAUUGUUUCAACAAAUGUCGCCAGAACAUCAAUCAAGGUACCUCGACUGACACAAGGUUCCGAGUACCAGUUUCGUAUCUAUGCAGUUAAUCGCUAUGGAAAGAGUAAGCCAAUUGACUCUCCGGGCAUUACUGCAGAGUACACAUUCAAACAGCCUGGCCCACCUUCUACACCUCAUGUACCUCAAGCCACCAAGGUAUUUAUGCUUGUCACAUGGAAUGAACCAGUUAAUGAUGGUGGUAGCACAGUUCUUGGAUAUCAUUUAGAACGCAAGGAGAGGACCAGUAUUCUGUGGACAAAGGUGAACAGGACACUCAUCAAGGAUACUGAAUUUAAAGUAACUGGCAUAGAGGAAGGUAUGAUGUAUGAGUUCCGUGUCUAUGCUGAAAAUAUUGCUGGAAUUGGCAAAGCAAGCAAAGCCAGUGAAGCCAUAGCUGCACGAGAUCCUUGCGAUCCUCCUGGUCAGCCUGUGGUAACUAGCAUUACCAAAUCCACUGUAUCUCUUUCUUGGACAAAGCCUGAGUAUGAUGGUGGAGCCAAAGUUACUGGUUACGUAAUUGAACGUAGAGAUCUCCCAGAGGGUCGCUGGAUAAGAUGCAAUUUUACUAAUGUCGUAGAGACCUACUUUGAUGUUACUGGCCUAACACAGGAUGACCAAUAUGAUUUCCGUGUCAUCGCAAAGAAUGCUGCUGGACUGUUCAGUGAGCCGUCUGACAACACUGGUCCUAUUACAGUUAAAGAUAAUGUAGAUCCACCACGCAUUAUGAUGGAUGUCAAGUUCAGAGAUGUUGUUGUUGUAAAAGCUGGGGAAAUCCUGAAGAUUAAUGCUGACAUUGCAGGACGCCCACUUCCAGUUGCAUCUUGGUCAAAGGAUGGACAUGAAAUUGAACAAAAGGCAAGAAUUCAGGUCACCGGAACAGAUACUAGUACAAUGAUAGUAAUUAAAGACUGCAAAAGGAGCGAUUCUGGACAGUAUGCCUUGACUCUACAGAAUUUGGUAGGAAGUGUCACAACACCAGUAAAUUGUGUUAUUCUUGAUAAACCAGGACCUUCAGCAGGACCAUUGUCAGUCACAGGCCUCACAGCAGAAGAGUGCACAUUGUCAUGGGGACCACCACAAGAAAUCGGUGGCGCAGAAAUAACACAUUAUGUUGUUCAGAAACGAGAGACCAGCCGAUUGGCAUGGACACUUAUACAUGGAGAAGUGAAAAUGACAACAUGUAAGGUCACUAAGCUCCUGAAAGGAAAUGAGUACAUAUUCCGAGUAUUGGCUGUCAAUAAGUUUGGACUUGGUGAAGCUCUUGAAAGUGAAAUAGUCAAGGUCACCGAUCCAUACACCAUCCCAACAGCUCCAACAAAUGUUGAAAUCACAAGCGUGACCAGUGAGGAAAUGAAUCUUACUUGGGCAAAGCCUGCUUUUGAUGGAGGCAGUGAGAUUCUUGGAUAUAUCAUUGAAAGGCGGGAGAAAUCUGGUCUUCACUGGGUCCGUGUGAACAGGGAGCUUGUGACAGACCUAACAGCUGUGAUAUCUAAAGUAAGAAGAGGAUGUGAGUAUGAGUUUAGAGUUUAUGCUGAAAAUGCAGCAGGUGUGAGUCCAGCUAGUGAUCCAUCUCCUUCAGCAAGGGCAGAGGAUGAACUUCUGGUGCCAUCCCCACCAACUAAACCUAAGAUUCUGGAUCAUACAAAGACCUCUGUUACUAUUGCCUGGAAAAAGCCAUCAUCUGAUGGCGGUGCACAAAUCCUUGGAUACAGUGUGGAAUACAAGAAAUCUCAGGAUGAGGAGUGGGUUGUGGCUAUUCCAAUGACAAAGAACACCGAAUUCACUAUUUCUGGUCUUACACCUGAUGUAGAAUAUGUAUUUGCUGUUAAAUCCAUAAACAAAAUUGGCAUAAGUGAGCAGUCGCCUGUCUCUGAGCCACAGCCAGCAACAGACAGAAAGGAAGAGCCUGUGUUUGAAGUUGACAUUGAGAUGCGAAAGACUUUAAUUGUCAAGCAUGGCAAUUCAUUUACUUUGACAGCACCAUUUAAGGGAAUGCCAGUACCUUCAGUUACAUGGAAUAAAGAGGAAGUUGAUCUCAAAGCAAGGGCAAGCAUUGAAACAACUGAAAAUUUCACAUCUAUUACUAUUGAAAAAGCAACAAGAAAUGACUCUGGACAAUACAUUGCUACUUUAGACAAUGGUGUUGGAACUGCAUCUUUGCCAAUAGUGGUCAAAGUCCUUGAUUCUCCUGGACCACCAACUAAUGUGAAGAUUACAGAAGUCACAAAAGAUUCAGCUACAGUUACUUGGGAAGCUCCUGAGAAUGAUGGAGGAGAUGCUGUUAAAGCUUAUCAUAUUGAGAAGCGUGAAGCUAGCAAAAAGGCCUGGGUAUGUGUAACAAGCAACUGUCAUAGUCUGACGUACAAGGUAGAAGAUUUACAAGAAGGUGCAAUCUACUACUUCAGAGUUAUUGGAGAAAAUGAGUUUGGUAUAGGUCAACCAGCUGAAACUAAAGAUGGAACCAAGAUUACAGAAAAACCAAGUCCACCUGCUAGACUUGGUGUUACUGCAGUCACAAAGGAUAGUGUCACCAUUGCCUGGUCAAAACCAGAGCAUGAUGGUGGAAGCCGAAUUACCAGCUACCUCAUUGAUGCCCUUGAAAUCAGCCAACAGAAGUGGGUUAAAUGUGCCACUGUUAAAGCCAACACCCACACAAUUAAGGGCCUGAGAGAAAAUGCAGAAUACUUCUUUAGAGUUCGUGCUGAGAAUCACGCCGGACUCAGUGAACCAAAAGAAAUGAUAAUUCCUGUUGUUGUGAAAGAUCAACUGGAUGCCCCUGAGUUUGAUAUGAAGAACUUCCCACACAACACUGUUUAUGUGAGAGCAGGAUCAAAUCUUAAAUUUGAGCUUCCUCUUACUGGCAAACCAAUGCCAAAGGUCACAAUGACAAGAAACAAUGCUCCUGUUAAGUGUGGAAAGCGAUUCAGCUUUGAAGUAACCCCUGAAAGUCUUAAUAUCAACCUGAAGGAAAGUAUUGCAAAUGAUGCUGGAAGAUAUGACAUUGUUGCCUCAAACACAAGUGGAACAACCAAGAUGUACGUGAUCAUCCUAGUCCUGGAUAGACCAGGUCCUCCAGCUGGUCCUGUUGAAGUUAGUGAUGUGGGAGAGACAAGCUUAUGUCUCAAAUGGCUUCCUCCUGUGUAUGAUGGUGGCAGUCCUGUUACAAACUAUGUUGUUCUCAAACGUGAAACAAGUACCCCAGCCUGGACAGAAGUCUCAUCCACUGUUGCCAGAAGUGCCAUUAAAGUCACCAAACUUACAAAGGGAGAAGAAUAUCAAUUUAGGGUAAAAGCUGAGAAUCGCUUUGGCAUCAGUGACCACAUUGAUUCUCAGACAAUUACAGUGAAGCUUCCAUACACUAUCCCUGGACCACCAUCAACACCAUGGAUGAGCUUUGUGUCAAGGGAAAGCCUUACUGUCUGCUGGCAUGACCCAGUAGUAGAUGGAGGAAGCCCAGUGUUUGGAUAUCAUGUCCAAAUGAAAGAAAGAAGCAGCAUCCUUUGGCAGAUGGUAAACAAAACAGCAAUCCCUGCAACUCAAAUUAGAGUGACAAAUAUAUGUCCUGGAAUGAUUUACGAAUUCAAGGUAGCUGCAGAAAAUGCAGCUGGUAUUGGAAAGUUCAGCAAGACAUCAGACGAAGUCCUAGCAAUUGAUGCCUGUGAACCACCAGCAAAUGUGAGAAUGUCUGAAGUUACCAAAAAUUCCAUUAGCCUUGUCUGGCAGAAGCCUCCCUAUGAUGGUGGAAGCAAAAUCACUGGGUACAUGGUUGAGAGAAGAGAUGCUCCAAAUGGAAGAUGGACAAAGGCAAACUUUACCAAUGUCAUUGAUACCAACUUCACUGUGUCAGGUUUGACACAGGAUCAGUCAUAUGAAUUCAGGAUCUUUGCCAAGAAUGCAGUUGGCUCAGUUAGCAACCCAUCUCUUGUUGUAGGACCAGUAACUUGUGUUGACAUUUCUGGUGCUCCAGCAAUUGACCUACCUCCAGAGUACUUGGAUGUUGUGCAGUACAAAGCUGGUGCAUCAGUCAAAAUCAAAGUGGGAAUAGCUGCUAAACCCUUACCAACCAUUGAAUGGCUUAAAGACGGAAAGGAAUUAGUGUCAAGCGCACAGUUGUCAAUUGAGAAUGCAACUGAUUCAUCUGCUGUCCUCAUUAAGGAUUGUACUCGUCUUAAUACUGGAACAUAUGAGAUCAAAAUCAAGAAUGUGUUUGGCACAGCAUCUGCCUCUAUCAGAAUCCAGAUUCUAGACAAACCUGGACCUCCAGCUGGACACAUUGAAUUUAAAUCAGUCACUGCUGACAAGAUAACAAUUGCAUGGGAAGCAGUGGCAGAUGAAGGAGGUGCCAAAGUAACUCAUUACGUAGUAGAAAAGCGAGAGACAAGUAGAGUAGUGUGGUCCACAGUCUCAGAUGCAAUGGAAGAAUGUACAGUAACCAUCCAAAAAUUGGCCAGAGGAAAUGAAUAUGUCUUCCGUGUCAGAGGUGUUAACAAAUUCGGAGCUGGAGAUCCUCUGGAGUCUGAUCCUGUUAUUGCAAAAAAUGCAUUUGUUACUCCUGGACAACCUGCUACACCAGAAGCAACAGAAAUCACAAGAACAUCAAUGCAGAUUGUAUGGAAUAAACCUAGUGUAGAUGGUGGUAGCAUGGUUUCAGGGUUCUAUUUGGAGAGACGUGAUAAGAAGAGCCUACGUUGGGUGAAAGUUUACAAGGACCCCAUUAGUGAUACCAAGGCAAAUGUCCAUCAUCUCACAGAAGGAAAUGAAUAUCAGUAUCGUGUAUGUGCAAUCAAUAAAGCUGGAGAAGGUCCAUACUCAGAUGUUUCUGACUUCUACAAAGCUGCUGAUCCAGUUGACCCACCAUAUGAACCAACUAAGCUAAAGGUUGUCGACUCAACUAAAACAUCAAUCACACUUGGAUGGUCAAAGCCAGAGUAUGAUGGAGGCAGUGAAAUUACCAGCUAUAUUGUAGAGAAAAGAGUUGGUGAAGAAGGGGAAUGGACAGUGAUUAGCAAGAAGGGUGAAGUAAGAACAACAGAGUAUGUUGCUUCAGAUCUUAAACCAGAUGUUGACUACUACUUCCGUGUAUUUGCUGUUAACUGUGCUGGCCGUGGAGACCCAAUAGAAAUGGAAGAACCAGUCCAAGCCAAGGAUAUUCUUGAGGAAGCCCAGGUUGAUACAGAUGUUGCAAUGAGAACUCACUACAUCGUGAAAGCUGGUAAAGAUGUUGAAAUCAUGGUGCCCCUCAAAGGGAGACCUGCUCCAAGUGUCUCUUGGAAGAAAGAAGACCAAAACAUUGACAAUGAUCCUAAAUAUGACAUCCACAACACAAAUACUUCUUCGUGUCUCAUAAUCUCGCAAGUAACUCGAAAUGACACUGGUAAAUACACUAUUAACAUCUCAAAUGGAGUAGGAGAACCAAAGUCUCUAAUAAUAUUUGUUAAAGUCCAGGACACCCCAGCUACUUGUAGGAAUUUAUUCUUGAAAGAUGUCACUCGUGGGAAAGUUACACUUUGCUGGGAGCCCCCACUACUGGACGGUGGAGCUGAAAUCACCAAUUAUGUUGUUGAGAAAAGAGACUCUUCAAAGCGUACAUAUGCCUCUGUAACAAACAAAUGCAAAGAGACCACAUAUGUUAUUGAAGAACUCUCUGAGAAGACAUUGUUCUUCUUCCGUGUAUUAGCAGAGAAUGAGAAUGGAGUUGGAGAUCCUUGUGAAACAGUUGAGCCAGUUAAAGCCACUGAGACACCAGGUCCAGUCAAAGACCUUUCUAUGAAAGACUCCACAAAGACUUCAGUAACACUGCAAUGGAACAAACCAGAUUAUGAUGGUGGUAGCAUUAUUACAGAUUACAUAAUUGAAAAGAAACUACAAGGUCAGGAGGAAUGGGCUCCUGCUGGCACAAACAAGCACUGUGAACAUGAAAUUACAAAACUUAAGGAACUCACUGAAAUGUUUUUCAGAGUUUGUUCCAAGAAUGAAAAGGGUAAUAGUGACUUUACUGAAAUUGGACCUAUUAAAGUGAAAGACUACAUUAUUCCACCAGAAGCAAGCCUUAAUGAGUAUCCUGAUGGAAAAAUUAGUGUGCGUUUGGGACACAAUGUCCACAUUGAAUUGCCAUACAUAGGUAAACCAAGACCAACUAUUAUUUGGCUUAAGGACAACUUGCCAUUAAAGGAGAGUGAAAAGGUCCGCUUCAAGAAGACUGAAAACAAGGCAACUUUAAUGAUAAAGAAUGUGGAGAAAGAGAAUGGUGGUAAAUACACACUAACUCUGGACAACACGUUCUUCAGGAAAUCAUUCCAUGUACAGGUUAUUACCCUUGGGCCACCAACUAAACCUAUUGGACCUAUCCGGUUGGAUGAGAUCAGAGCAGAAAGUAUUGCUAUAUCAUGGGAUGAACCAAAUGAUGAUGGAGGUGGAGAAAUUUCUUGCUACACUGUUGAGAAAUGUGACACCUCUAAGAAAGACUGGAAGAUGGCUUGUUCAGGUGUGAUCGGAACAUCAUUUAAGGUACCAAACCUGAUCAAGGGAACUCAAUAUCAAUUCAGAGUCUGUGCAGAAAACAGAUUUGGUGUAAGUGAACCUUUAGUUUCUCAAAAUGUAAUUGCCAAGCAUGAGUUCAGACCACCAGGCCCACCAGGCAUGCCCGUGGUUUACAAUGUCACAAAUGAUGGCAUGACAAUUCAGUGGGAGGCACCCAUCUUUGAUGGAGGUUGUCCAGUCCUUGGGUUCCAUGUUGAAAAGAAGGAGAAGAACAGCAUAAUGUGGCAAAAGGUCAACACAGUCUUGGUGAAAGAAAGGGAGUUCAGGAUUAUUGGUCUUAUUGAAGGUCUAGAAUACCAGUUCAGAGUCUAUGCCCAGAAUGAUGCUGGAUACAGUCGCAUGAGUGAUGCAAGCAAACCCAUUAUGGCUGUUUCUCCAGUUGAUCCUCCUGGUACUCCUGACUAUGUUGAUGUAACAAGUGAAUCAGUUCAACUGAAAUGGGAAGCACCCAAGCGGGAUGGUGGAAGCAAAAUUGUUGCCUACAAUGUGGAGAAACGCCAGGGCAAGGGACGCUGGUUGAAGAGCAAUUUUUCAGAUGUCACUGACACAGAAUUUACAGUGACUGGUCUUGCUUGUGGUGAACGCUAUGAAUUUAGAGUCAUAGCAAGAAAUGCUAUUGGCACAGUGAGCCCACCCUCUCAAUCUUCUGGAUAUGUAGUAAUCAGAGAUGAGAGCUUUGCUCCAAAUAUUGAGUUUGGCCAGGAGUACUUUGAGGGAGUCUCUAUUAAAGCUGGGGAAAACAUCAGACUCAAAGUAACAAUCACUGGAAGACCAACACCAAAGGUUGCCUGGUUCAGAGAUGGUAUUGAAUUAACCAAGAAGAUGGUAGACAUCACAACAAUUUCUGGAUCAAGCACCCUCUUUAUCAGAGAUGCUGACCGUAGUCACCGUGGUCUUUAUACUGUGGAAGCCACAAAUCCCUCAGGAGCUAAAAAAGAAGCAAUGAAAGUUGAAGUCUUUGAUACACCUGCAGAACCUGUUGGACCAAUCAUGUUUUCAGAUAUCUCUGAGGGCAAAGUGACACUUUCAUGGAAUCCACCUGAAAAUGAUGGCUGUUCCGAAGUCACUCACUACAUUAUUGAGAAGCGUGAAACCUCCAAAAUUUCAUGGGCACUUGUCAUGGAUGAGUGCUCAAAAUGUACAUACACUGCCACUAAACUGAUCAAGACCAAUGAGUACCAAUUCCGUGUUUCGGCAGUCAAUAGGUUUGGUGUUAGCAGACCACUGGAUUCAGCUCCUGUGACUGCACAGAUGCAAUACACUGUUCCAGAAUCUCCUGGAACUCCAGAUGCAACAGAAGUUGAUGGAGAAAGUAUCACUAUCAACUGGGCUCCUCCAACACAUGAUGGUGGAAACCCAAUUAAAUAUUACAUUGUGGAAAGACGUGAAAAAAAGACUGGUCGUUGGUUGAAGGUCCUAACAAGGAAACCUAUUGUUGAAGCCGCACACAGAGUGACUCAUCUUACUGAGAAUGUGGAGUAUGAAUUCCGUGUAUAUGCUGUAAAUGAUGCUGGAAUUGGAGUGCCAAGUAACAUUUCAAUGCCAAUUAAAUGUGCAGAGCCUACUGAAGAACCAGAUGCCCCAUCUAUUAUAAAUGUCACUGACACUACCAAUACCUCUGUUAGCUUGGAAUGGACUAAACCUGCCUAUGAUGGUGGUAUGGAAAUUCACGGCUACAUUGUUGAGAUGUGCAAAGGAUCUGAAGAGGAAUGGCACAGAGUCAAUGAGGAUCUGUGUGCUGUCACAAAAUACAUUGUCACUGGUUUGGAAACUGGUGCAGAGUACAAAUUCCGUAUUUGUGCAGUCAAUGUUGUUGGAAAGGGUGGAGCCAAAGAGAUACCUGAACCAGUACAGGCAGUAGAUAGACUUUUGGCACCAGAAAUUGACAUUGACGCAUCCUUCAAACAGACACACAUUGUUAAGAGUGGAGGAAGCGUAUGUCUCCAUAUUGCUUUUAAGGGAAAGCCAACACCCACAGCUUCCUGGAUAAAAGUAGAUGGAGAACUUGGCAUUAUGGCAGACAUCAUCACCACUGAGACAUUCACAGCUUUGACCCUGGAAAACUGCACCAGAAAUGAUACUGGAAAAUACACUCUCACUCUUGAAAACAGUAGUGGCAGUAAGUCUAUUACUGUUACAGUUAAAGUGUUGGACACACCUGGAGCACCAGGUGCUUUCUCCAUCAAGGAAGUCACAAGAGGAGCUCUUACACUUGCUUGGGAACCUCCCAUAAAUGAUGGUGGUGCACGUGUUCAUCAUUACAUUGUUGAGAAGCGUGAGGCCAGCCGUCGUACCUGGACAGAGGCAGCACCUAAGACCACUCAGACAAGCUUGAGGGUUUCUGACCUCCUGGAAGGUGUACCUUACUUCUUCAAAGUCAUGGCUGAGAAUCAGUAUGGUCUUGGUGAAGCAUAUGAAAUGCCUGAUCCAGUUAUUGCCACUGCUGAACCCGCUGCACCAAAGAGAGUUGAUAUCAUUGAUACCACUGACACAACAGCAACCCUGGCAUGGCUCAAGCCAGAGCAUGAUGGAGGAAGCCGUGUCACAGGCUAUUGUGUCGAGUCAAAGGCUAAAGGCACAGAUAAAUGGGUUGUUUCUGGCACAACGAAAAACCUAAGCCUUGUAGUUGAGGGUCUUAUAGAGAACACAGAGUAUGAAUUCCGUGUCAAAGCAAAGAAUGAUGCUGGGUUCAGUUUGCCAAGAGAAGCCUUCUCUUCAGUCAUCAUUAAAGAGCCACGGAUUGAGCCUACUGCAGAUCUCAGUGGCAUCACCAACCAACUCAUUACUAGCAAGAUUGGUGGCUCAUUCGAGAUUGAUGUUCCAAUUAGCGGCAGACCAGCUCCAAAGGUAAUCUGGAAGCUUGAGGAAAUGAGGCUGAAGGAAACUGACAGGGUGUCAAUCAAGACUACCAAAAACAGGACCACUCUCAUUGUUAAGGACAGCAUGAGGGGUGAUGGAGGCAGAUAUUUCCUUACUCUUGAAAAUGUCACGGGGUCAAAGACGUUCACCGUCACUGUCAAUGUGAUUGGCAGACCAAGUCCUCCAGAGGGUCCUAUUGAGAUUUCUUCAAUUACAUCAGAGUCAUGUGUACUGUCAUGGAAUCCACCUGAGGAUGAUGGUGGAACAGAUAUCACAAACUACAUUGUUGAAAAGCGUGAAUCUGGCUCCACUUCCUGGCAGCUUGUCAACUCAAGUGUAAAGAACACUUCAUUCCAUAUUUCACAUCUAACUAAAUAUAUGCAGUACACUUUCCGCAUCUGUGCUGAAAACCGAUUUGGUGUGAGCAAACCAACGGAAUCCGAGACAAUUGUUGCAGAGCAUCCAUUUGUUCCUCCUGGCCCUCCAACAAGGCCAGAAGUGUUCUCUGUAACUGCCAACAGCAUGAGCAUUCGUUGGGAGGAACCAUACCAUGAUGGUGGCAGCAAGGUCUCUGGAUACUGGAUUGAAAAGAAGGAGCGUAAUACAAUUCUCUGGGUGAGAGAAAACAAGAUUCCAUGCUUUGAAUGCUACUUCAAGGUGGAAGGCCUUGUUGAGGGUCUGGAAUACCAGUUCAGAGUUUAUGCAAUGAAUAGUGCUGGCCUCAGCAAAGCAAGUGAAGCAUCAAAGAGAGCUGUGGCACAAAAUCCAGUUGAUCCUCCAGGGAAACCAGAAGUAACAGAUGUUUCAAGAUCAACAGUGUCAAUCAAAUGGUCUGUGCCCCUAAAUGAUGGUGGAAGUCAAAUCACAGGCUACAUUGUUGAGCGCAAACCGUAUACUGUCACUGGAGAAGGUCGCUGGCUUAAGUGUAACUACACUAAUAUUACUGAAACCAAUUUCACUGUCACUGCACUCGGAGAAGGAGAGGUAUAUGAAUUCCGUGUCAUUGCCAAAAAUGCAAAUGGAGUGCUCAGCCUGCCGUCAGUUUCAACUGGACCCGUGACCUGCAAAGCAGAAUACACUCCUCCUAAAGCAGAGUUGGCCAGCAAACUCCUUGCUGACACAGUCACAAUCAGAGCUGGAUCUGAUCUGGUGCUGGAUGCUGCUGUUGGUGGUAAACCUGAACCAAAAGUCUGCUGGGCCAAGGGUACAAAAGAGCUAGAGCUUUGUGAGAAAUACUCUCUCCAGUACUCUAGUACCCGUGCCUUGGCAAUCAUCAAGUUCUGUGACAGAUAUGACACUGGAAAGUAUGUUCUGACAGUAAAGAAUGCAAGUGGAACAAAAACCGCUGAGGUCAAUGUUAAAGUACUUGAUACACCUGGUCCCUGUCAGGAGAUUACAGUCAGCAAUGUGUCCAAGGAAAAAUGCACAGUGUCUUGGAAAGAGCCACUGGAGGAUGGUGGUGACGCCAUUACACAUUACAUUGUUGAAAGACGAGACACCAAUAGACUUAACUGGGUUAUAAUGGAAGCUGAAUGCAAAGCCCUUACAUACGAAAUUACAAGGCUUUUCAAGAACAAUGAAUAUAUCUUCCGUGUGAGAGGUGUGAACAAGUAUGGAGCUGGUGUGGCAGUACAGUCUACCCCCAUCGUUGCCAAAAACUCAUUCACUGUUCCAUCACCUCCUGGAGCUCCAGAAAUCCUUGCAGUUGGAAAAGACUUUGCAACAAUCGAGUGGCUGAAGCCUGAGAGAGAUGGUGGCAGUGAAGUCACAAACUACUUGAUUGAGAUGCGUGAAAGAAAGAGUGUGAGAUGGAUCAAGGUCAACAGAGAUUCUAUUCUCAAGGAUACAUCAUUCAAAGUCACUGGUCUCCAUGUAGGCAACAUUUACCAGUUCCGUAUUACAGCCAUGAAUGCAGCUGGUGAAAGUGAACCCAGUGAAGUGUCAAUGUAUGCAGUAUGUAGAGUACCAACAGGCACUCCAGAUCCUCCUUCAAUUCCACGUGUUACAGACACACACAAAGAGAGUAUCUGUCUUGCCUGGACACGACCAAUUGAAGAUGGUGGAGCUGAUGUUAUUGGUUACAUUCUUGAGAUGCAAGAAGCCGGUGCAGAGGAAUGGAAAAAAGUGCAUGAAAAGAAUCUUAGGAUGACGGAACACACAGUUACUGGCUUGUCUGCUGGCAAAAAGUACUGUUUCAGAGUUGCAGCAGUCAAUAUAAAUGGAACAGGUGACUUCAGUGAUCAGUGUACAGAGACUGAGCCUGUGGAAAGAAUUGAAAUUCCUGACCUUGAGCUGCCUGAUGACCUGAAGAAGACAAUUUGCCUGAGAGCAGGAAGUUCCCUGCGCCUCCAUGUUACUAUUACUGGAAGACCAGUCCCAACUGUAACCUGGAGCAAGCCUGGUGUGGAUCUCCAAAAUCGUGGCUUUAUUGAAGUGACUAAUACUGCCACAACUCUCAUUAUUGACAAGGUGCACCGCUAUGAUGCUGGAAGAUAUACCAUUGAAGCCUCAAAUUCGGCUGGCAAGAAGGAUGCAAGCAUUCUUGUCAAAAUCUAUGAUACACCUGGUCCACCUGGUCUAAUUAAAAUGAAAGAGCUCACAAAGGAUUCUGCUCAUAUCACUUGGGAUGCUCCUGAGGUUGAUGGUGGAGCACCGGUCAACAAUUACAUAAUUGAAAGACGAGAGGCGUCAAUGAGAGCAUACAAAACUGUCACAUCCAAAUGCGGCAAGACAUCAUAUAAAAUUACUGGUCUGACAGAGGGAAUGCUAUAUUACUUCAGAGUCUUACCAGAGAAUAUCUAUGGUGUUGGUGAACCUUGUGAGACAGGUGAUGUUGUAUUGGUGUGUGAAGUUCCUCUGCCACCAUCCAAGCUUGAAGUUUUAGAUGUUACAAAAUCCAGUGUAUCACUGGCAUGGGAGAAACCUUUACAUGAUGGAGGCAGCAGAAUCACAGGCUACAUUGUUGAGGCUUGUAAGGCUGGUACUGACAAGUGGAUGAAGGUGGCUACUUUGAAACUUUCAGAAUUUGAGUUUACUAUCGUGUCACUGAAUGAGAAUGAACAGUAUUUCUUCAGGGUACGUGCUUUUAACAGCAGAGGAUCUAGUGAGCCAAAAGAAAUCUUGACAGCUGUGACAGUUCAAGAACAAAGAGUUAUGCCAAAGGUUGAUCUGUCAACUAUUCCACAAAAGAUGAUCAGUGUUUUGGCAGGAAAACCACUUGAGCUUGACCUGCCAAUUAUAGGAAGACCACCACCAAAGUGCUCUUGGUUCUUCAAUGACAACAGAGUGAAGAUACAGGAGCGUGUGAAGAUAAAGUCAACCGCAAAAUUCUCUAAAUUAACUAUUCUUGACACCACCAUUGAUGACAGCGGAGUGUAUACCCUGGAGGUAAAAAAUGUAACAGGAGUGAUUACUGAAAACAUCAAAGUCAUUAUUCUUGAUAAACCUGAUGAGCCACAAGGACCAAUCCGUUUUGAUGAAAUUGAUGCAACAUCAGUCACAGUAAGCUGGGAUCCACCUAAGAGAGAUGGUGGUGCUCCAAUCGCUAACUAUGUGGUUGAGCAACGUGAUGCUCAUCGCCCAGGAUGGGUACCUGUGUCAGAAUCAGUUAGCAGACCAACAUUCAAGUUUAACAGACUGACAGAGGGCAAUGAAUAUGUAUUCCGAGUCGCUGCUACCAAUCGCUAUGGCACUGGGGAGUACAUGCAGUCAGAAAUUGUAUUGUGCAAGAGCUCCAAAUCCAUUCCAGGGCCACCUGGCAGACCUAUUGUCUUUGAUGUAUCACGUGAUGGCAUGACUGUUGCAUGGGAGCCACCAGAUGAGGACGGAGGCUUAGAGGUGUCUGGCUACAUUAUUGAACGCAAAGAGGUCAGAUCUGAUAGGUGGAUUCAUGCUAAUAAGAAUCCAAUAACAAUGACAAGAUACAGAUCCACCGGUUUGAUUGAAGGCCUGGAAUAUGAGCACAGAGUGACAGCCAUCAAUGCUCGUGGUAUAGGCAAACCCAGCCUUCUUUCUAAACCAGCUGUUGCAACUGAUCCAGUUGAUCCACCUGGAUCACCUCAAAACCCACGAGUCACAGAUACCACAAAAUCCUCUGUCUCUUUGGCCUGGAGUCCUCCAGAUGAAGAGGGUGGUGCUAAGGUUACAGGCUAUUUGAUUGAGAUGCAAAAGGUUGGUUCAGUAACCUGGAUAAAGUGCAACACUACACCUUCACUGAUCUGUGAAUAUACUUUAACAAAAAUGCCACAAGGAGAGGAAUUCAAAUUCCGUGUCAUGGCUUGCAAUGCUGGUGGACCAGGUGAACCAGCUGAAGUACCAGGAGUUGUGACUAUAACAGAGAUGCUUGAUCCUCCAAGUUAUGAUCUUGAGGCAAAGUAUAAAGACGUCCUUAUAGUCAGAUCUAGAGGAGUCAUCAAACUUUCAGUGCCCAUAAAAGGUAAACCUACUCCUAACUGCAAAUGGACAAAGGAUGGAUCGGAGGUGACUAGCCAUGCAAUGAUUGCUUCCACUGAAGACGUAACCGAGCUUAUCAUCAAAGAGGCUGAAAGAUCUGAUUCCGGUGUUUACCAUCUCCAUCUGGAAAACAAGUGUGGCAAAAAGAUGGUGCCUAUCAAGGUAAAGGUUAUUGGCCGCCCAUCUGCACCAGAGGGCCCUCUUGGAUUUGAUGAUAUACAAGCACAUUCUGUCAGAGUUAGUUGGAAACCACCAAGAGAUGAUGGUGAUUCUGAAAUUAUUGGCUACAUUGUGGAAAGACGUGAAGUACCAAAAGCAGCCUGGUAUACUGUUGACUCACGAGUGGUUGACACAUCCCUUGUGGUUAAGGGACUCCAAGAAAAUGUUGAAUAUCACUUCAAGGUGACGGCAGAGAACCAGUUUGGAAUCAGCAACUCCCUUAAAUCUGAGGAAACAAUUGUACCAAAGACUCCAAUUUGUGUACCAGAGGCUCCGGGUACUCCACCAGAGAUCAUGGAUGUUACAAAGAGUUCUGCUGCUUUGGCUUGGGCUAAACCCAAAGAUGAUGGUGGAUCUCGCAUUACUGGUUACUUCAUUGAGUACAAUGAAGUGUCAUCUGAUAAGUGGAUUCGUCAUGAGACAAAGAUUACCUCAACAAUGUACACCAUCAGUGGGCUCAGUACCGAUGCCGAGUAUCAGUUCCGUGUUGUUGCUGUGAAUGACAUUGGAGAGAGUGAACCAGGACCUUCAUCAGAUUCAGUAAUAUGCAAAGAUCCAUUUGAUAAACCAAGCCAGCCAGGAGAAAUUGACACUGUGAUUGUAACCAAAGACUACAUCACAAUUCGCUGGGAGGCUCCAGAGUGUGAUGGUGGAAAACCAGUCCUUGGCUACUGGAUUGAAUACCGAAAAUCUGGAGAGAGUGCUUGGAAGAAAUGCAACAAGGAGCGCACAAAGGACAAACAGUACACUCAGGGUGGUCUACAAGAGGCAACUGAAUAUGAAUUCAGGGUUUUUGCUGAAAAUGAAACUGGAAUCAGCAGACCACGCCGAACAGCAAUUGGUAUCAAAACUAAACUGGGUGUUGGAACUAAACCAGGUCUCAGGAAAGAGAUGGAUGAAGUCACUGCCAAACUUGGACAGACUGCAACUCUCAAAUGCCAGAUUAUUGGAAGGCCUGUUCCAGAAAUUAAAUGGUACAAGGGUGGAAAGGAAAUCAAAGAAGGUUGCAAAUAUGCCGCAACUUCUGAUGGCCGCAACCAUACGCUGACCAUUUCAACAGAUCAACAGGAAGAUGAGGGUCUGUAUACAUGCAAGGCUGUAAAUGAAGCCGGUGAAUGUGAGACCAGUGGAACACUGGUUCUUGAAGCAGCACCACAGUUCCCAGUGCCACUGAAAGACAAAUACUUUGCAACAUGUGGUAGCACAGUGCGCAUUCAUGCAGUUUAUAUAGGCCGUCCACAGCCUAAGAUCAUGUGGCUUUAUGGAGCCAAAGCUCUGGAGCCUUCUGAGAAUGUCAUCAUUGAAAAUACUGAGCAUUACACUCAUUUGAUUCUCAAGAAUGUACAACGCAGAGUAAAUGGAGGAAAAUACAGAAUCAGGAUUAACAACCACUUUGGGUCUGCAGAUACUGUAGCUCAAGUUGAAAUCUUAGAUAAACCUGCUUUGCCAGAAGGCCCUCUUGUUCUUGAUGCUCUCUUGAAGAAUUCUGUGAUCAUUAGUUGGAAACCACCUAAAGAUGAUGGAGGAUCUAUGAUCACAAAUUAUAUUGUAGAAAAGCGUGAAGACAAGGAGGGUGCAAAGUGGAAACUUGUAUCAUCAUCCAUCACAGGCACUUCAUGCAGAAUUCCUAACCUUGUUGAAAAUGAGGGUUACUUCUUCCGUGUUUCAGCACAAAAUCGUUAUGGCAAUAGUGAAUCAUUGGAGACUCCUUCUGCUAUCCUUAUCAAGAGUCAGCUAGAGAGACCAGGGGCUCCAUUUAAACCAGUCAUUUCUGGACUGACCAAAAACUCUUGUGUUGUAUCUUGGAAGCCACCUCUCAGUGAUGGAGGCUCUAAAAUUAAGAACUACUGUCUUGAAAAGCGAGAUAAGAAGAAGGGUGAAUGGGCUGCAGUUACAACAGAUGAAAUCCACCAGACUGUUUAUUCUGUCAAGGGCCUAACAGAAGGUGUUGAGUAUGAAUUCCGUGUAAAAUGCGAAAACCUUGGUGGAGAAAGUGACUACAGUGAAGAAUCUGAUCCUGUCAUUCCAAAGACUGAUAUUGAAGUGCGUGCUCCUGCAUUCAAGGAAGACCUCAGAAACAUGAGUGUGAAAUUAAAGAGCAAUGCAACAUUAGUCUGUAAGAUAACAGGGCAGCCCAAGCCUGUAAUAAAAUGGUUUAAGCGUGGUAAGGAAAUUCAGGCUGAUGGCACCAAAAUCAAGAUCCAAGAAUUCAAGGGAGGCUACCAUCAGCUUGUUAUUGCUGAUUGUGAUGCAGAAGACUCAACUGUAUAUCAGAUCAGAGCAACAAACCAGGGUGGCUCUAUUUCUGCUACAGUUUCUCUAGAUGUAGAAGUUCCUGCUAAAAUUCAUCUACCCAAGAAUCUGCAGGGUAAGGAGGCUAUUCCUGCCCUUCGUGGUGAAGUGGUGAACAUUAAGAUUCCAUUCAGUGGAAAACCAGAUCCAGUUAUCACUUGGCAGAAAGGACAAGACCUUAUUGAUAAUAAUGGACACUAUCAAGUCAUUGUCACAAGAUCAUUCACAUCUCUCGUAUUCUCAAAUGGAGUUGAAAGGAAUGAUGCUGGUUUCUAUAUUGUGUGUGCCAAAAACAGAUUUGGAAUUGACCAGCAAACAGUUGAGCUUGAUGUUGCAGAUGUACCUGAUCCACCACGUGGAAUCAAAGCCAGUGAUGUUUCAAGAGAUUCUGUUGCACUCCACUGGGUAGCACCUGCCAAUGAUGGUGGCAGUAAAGUCACAAAUUAUAUCAUAGAAAAGUGUGCCACAACAGCAGAAAGGUGGAUUCGUGUUGGCCAGUCUCGUGACACCCACUACACUGUUGUAAAUCUCUUUGGCAAGACAAGUUACCAAUUCCGUGUCAUAGCUGAAAAUAAAUUUGGUCAGAGUGCACCAUCUGAGGCAAGUGGACCUGUUGUGACAAAGGAAGAUAAAUCAAGAGUUCUAAACUAUGAUGAAGAAGUUGAUGACAUCAGACCUGUUUCUAAGAGCAAAGCUCCUCAUUCAGAGGCUAAGAAUAUUUACAACAAGUACAUGAUUGCUGAAGAGCUUGGCCGUGGACAGUUUGGUAUUGUUCACCGUUGUAUUGAGACCAGCUCUGAGAAGACUUACAUGGCCAAAUUUGUCAAAGUAAGAGGUUCAGAUCAGGCACUAGUAAAGAAAGAAAUUGCAACAUUGAAUGUGGCACGCCACAAGAACUUCCUGCUACUGCAUGAGUCAUUUGAAAGCCCUGAAGAGCUAGUCAUGAUUUAUGAGUUCAUCUCUGGUGUGGACAUAUUUGAGCGUCUUGGUACAGCCAACUUUGAGCUCAAUGAGCGUGAAAUUGUUAGUUAUAUCAAACAAGUAUGUGAAGCUCUUGAAUUCCUUCACAGCACAAGUUAUGGCCACUUUGAUAUCAGGCCUGAAAAUAUAGUGUACACCACAAGAAAGGGAACUAAUGUCAGGAUCAUUGAGCUUGGACAAGCUAGACACCUUACACCAGGGGACCAAAUGAAGAUUCAGUACACAACAGCUGAGUUUGCAGCACCAGAAAUCCAUCAAAAUGAGAUGGUUAGCACUGUAACAGAUAUGUGGUCUGUCGGUGUACUUGUGUAUGUACUUCUUAGUGGAAUUAAUCCAUUCGCUGCUGAAACCAAUCAGCAAAUGAUUGAGAAUAUUUACAAUGCUGAGUACAGUUUUGAUGAUGAAGCCUUUAAAGAAGCAAGUGUAGAGGCACUAGACUUUGUGGACCGUCUACUUACCAAAGAACGUAAACAUCGCAUGACUGCUGCUGAGGCUUUGAAUCAUCCUUGGCUGACAAUGAACACAGAACAGCUAAAUGCCAGGUCUAUCAAGAUUACUCGUCAUAAGAGAUAUUACCAAGCCAUGGUGAAGAAAGAAUGGAACACAGUUGUCUCAUCUGCUCGUGUUGCCAGUGGUGGUGCUAUAAGAAGUCAGCGAGGAGUAACAACCGCUAAAGUGAAAAUUGCACCAUUCGAACAUGGUCCAGUUGCAGGACAAAUUAAACACAGUGUUGCAGAUGAAGGUGAUGAUAUCAAGUUGAUCUGCAACAUUGAGAAUUAUGAUAGCAGUACUGAAGUAACAUGGUACUGUGGAGUAAGACAACUGGAAGAAAGUGCCAGAUAUGAAAUUACAUAUGAAGAUGGGCUUGCUACCAUAACUAUCAAGGGAAUCACCAGAACAGAUGACGGAACAUACAGAUGUAAAGUUGUCAAUGAGUAUGGUGAGGACAGUGCCUAUGCUGAGCUAUUUGUCAAAGGAGUAAGAUCCUAUCGUGAGUUCUUCACUUCACGUGUGGUCAAGAAAGUUAAACGCAGAGUAGACACUACAAGACUGCUCCAAAGACCUCCUGAAUUUACAUUGCCAUUGUGCAACCGCACUGCUUACAUCGGAGAGGAUGUGCGCUUUGGUGUCACCAUCACAGUGCAUCCUGAACCUCGUGUAAUGUGGUUAAAAUCUGGUCAAAAGAUUGUUCCAGGAGAUGAUGACAAGAAAUACACAUUUAUCAGUGACAAGGGCCUGUAUCAGUUAGUGAUUCAUAAUCUUGACCCAGAUGAUGAUGCAGAAUACACUGUUGUGGCACGGAACAGAUUUGGUGAUGACAACUGCAAGGCACGUCUCAAAGUGGUCCCUCGUCCUGCUCCUGCUGAUAAUACCUUGAGGCCUAUGUUCAAACGACUUCUCGCUAACUUGGAAUGCAGAGAAGGCCAGAGUGUACGCUUUGAAAUGCGAGUGUCAGGACAUCCAUCACUGAAAUGGGAAAAAGAUGGCAUGCCUUUGGCAUUCGGUCCACAAAUUGAAAUUGUCCAUGAAGGGUUGGAUUACUAUGUCUUACAUGUAAGAGAUACACUCCCAGAAGAUGCUGGCACAUACAGAGUCAUUGCAACUAAUUCAGCUGGAUCUGCAAGUUGCCAAGCUACACUCAAGGUUGAACGUGUGGCACACAUAAAGAAGGACUUAGAGACAGAGGAAGAAAAGAAGAAACAAGAUUAUGAUCAGCAAGAGAUGGACAAGAAAGUAAGACUAACUCAGAUUCUUGCUGGUGCAGAUGUUACCCCACUUUCUCCAGUUGCACAGCAAGCACUAAGAGAAGCAGCAACUAUGUUCAAGCCAGCAAUCACUACCAAGAAAAGAAAGAGUGAAGCUGAGGAGGCCAAAGAAAAAGAAGAGAAAAAGAAGAGAGCAGAGGAGAAGAGGUUGAGAAUGCCAUAUGUUGUUCCUCCACCUCGUGUCGUUGCUCCAACUGCUCUUGAGGAGGACAUGGAAAUCAAACACUUUGUGCCAUUCUCUGAUAUGAAGUGGUACAAGAAACUCCGUGAUCAAUAUGAGUUCCCAGAGCCAAUGGAAAAGUUCCCUCAGAAAAGACUUAAACGGAUCAGGCUGUCAAGGUGGGAUCAGUUCUAUGAAGUACCCCUGCCAAGAAUUAAAGACCAAUACAAGCCAAAAUGGCAUAUUCCAACUGUUUCACAGGAUGAUCUUGAGACUGUAAGACCAGCAAGACAUCGAACCCCUUCUCCAGAAAUGGAAGCUUACUACAGAAUCAGGAGACGCUCUCUUGGUGAUUUUUCUGAUGAGGAACUGCUUCUUCCUGUUGAUGAAUACCUAUCAAUGAAGAGAACAGAGGAAGAACGACUUAAACUUGAGGAUGAACUUGUGUUAGGCUACUCUGCUUCCCCACCAAGUUUAAGCCCUGUUCGCUUUGAACUCUCUGCACUGCGUCAUCCAUCACCCAAGAGAGCUGCAUAUGAUGAGGAGGAAGGAGAGGAAGUUCCAACAUAUGACUCAUACCGUAUUCCCUCUAAAUAUGAGGCUGGCCCAAGCUAUAUUGACUUGCGUCAGCGUCAUGACAAGGCAACAUACAGACCUCCUAGACAAAAGCAAAGGUUAUAUGAAGAAAAAGAGGACCAAGAACUACUUAGAUCAGUAACUACCACCACUAGGUUAACUUCCUACACAAGCCAACUGCAGCACAUGGAAUUUGAGGAGAAAACAAAGGUCAAAAGAAAGGAGAAAACAAGAGUUUCUGUGCCAGUAUUAACUGAGGGAGCAGCUGAUUUGCCUACAACAGCAUUUUCUCCUGGCUUUGUUAGAGUCACUCGUCCUAAGUCUGAGAAGCUUUCUUCAGCUGUGACUGAGAAAGAAGUGGAAAGUGUUAGAAUCGUUUCCUCUGAAAAGACACGUCCACGUUCCCCCGGCCUUGAUUUGACUGAGAAACCAGCAUCUGCACCAGACUUGUCAACAAAAGUUGAUUAUUUGUCAAGGUAUGAGGAAAGAAAGAAAGCAUUGAAAACUGAGAAGAAGUUUGAAAUUGUGACCCAACAGCCUUUCAGCCUUGACCAUGUUCCCAGAGUGACUGUAAGAAUGCGCUCUCACCGUGUGGCAAUUGGUCAAAACACCAAGUUCACUUUGAAUGUCCAGUCUAAGCCAGAAGCACAGAUUAAAUGGUACCACAAUGGACAGCAGAUUGAAGAAAGCAGGAAGUAUCGUAUGUUUAACAUGAGUGGCGUUUUGUCUCUUCAAAUCAUUGAUUGCCAGGAAGAGGACAGUGGCACCUACCGUGUCGUCUGCACAAAUGCAAAGGGAGAGGCCUCUGACUAUGCCACUCUGGAGGUUGCUGGAGGAGGGUUUUCUGCAUAUGCCUCACAGCGCAAAGAUGAGGAGCCACCAACUCCCUUUGUCCCUGAGAUGACAAAAACUGAUGUUUAUCAUGUUUCAUCCACAAAAGCAGCAAUCACAUCAGAAACAGAUGUUGAAAUAUCUGAAACUAGAACAGAGACAAUUAAGACGGUUGUUCAGGAGGAGCAUGCAACAUCUGAAAUCAAACUUGAAGCUAUGGAAGUGACAACAGUUGAGGAAGUUAUCACUGAGGAAACAUCUGAGACUAAACUUGAAGCUACAGAAAAGACAACAGUAGAGGAAGAAGUAGUUGAGAAAAAGAAGCCAAGUCUUCCAGCUACAAUUCUGACUAAACCACUGUCACUCACAGUACCUGAGGGAGAAACAGUCAAAUUCACAUGUGAUGUUGAUGGUGAACCUGCACCAACUGUUACAUGGAUGCGAGAGGCACAAGUAAUUGUGCUAUCCCAUCGUCACCAUAUUACCUCAACUGAAUAUAAAUCUACCUUUGAGAUUACCCAAGUUGAAAUGUCAGAUGGAGGUAAUUACACUGUUGUGGUCCAGAAUCCUGAAGGGAAACAGGAGGCACAGUUCAGUCUAACUGUUCGUAAACCAACACCUGUACAGAAAGUUGUUGCUUCACCUCCAAGAGUGAAGUCUCCAGAGUCUCCCCGUAUAAAAUCACCAAUUGGAGUUAGGUCUCCACAGAGAAUUAAAUCUCCUGAACCAAUCAGAUCUCCACAAAGAGUUAAGUCCCCACCCACGGUAAAAUCACCUACUCUACAGGAAAGAACAUCCAAGCCAACCUUCUCAGCAGAACUGAAAGACAUCUCAUUUUCUUCAGAUGCUAUUAUAAAGCUGACAGUGAAAGUUACUGGUGAGCCAAAACCAGCAAUCUCCUGGAAGAAGGAUGGAAAGAGCCUCUCCCAGGGUGGAAAAUAUGAAAUCUUUGAAGAACAUGGUUCAGCACAUCUUGAAGUCUAUGACUCUGAUAUCUCUGAUAGUGGAGUAUACACAUGUACAGCCAAAAACAGUGCUGGAUCUGUUACUACAAGCUGCACUGUUACUGUGCAAGCAAAACCAACAGCAGUUGUCAAGGAUACCAAAGCGGAGUUGACUGAAGAAAUUGUGAAAAAGGAAAUUGCCUAUGAGGAAGUGCAGGCCUUUACAGAAAUUAAAGCAUCAAAAACCCAAAUGACAAUGAGUCAAGGUCAGAUGGUCACACUACAAGCAAACAUCCCUGGGGCCUCUGAUGUGAAAUGGAUCCUAAAUGGAGCCGAGCUAUCAAAUUCAGAGGACUACAGAUACGGUGUGUCGGGCAACAAUCACACUUUGACGAUUAAAAGCAUCAGGCAUCAUGACCAGGGAAUUCUCACAUGUGAGGCCAGAACUGAACAUGGUGUGGUCAAGUGCCAGUUUGACACAACAGUCAAAGAAAUGCAUUCAGAUGCUCCCAGCUUCCUUGUGCAACCUCGAUCCCAGAAUGUUAAUGAGGGACAAAAUGUCACAUUCUCAUGUGAAAUCACCGGUGAACCAUCUCUUGAAAUUGAGUGGCUCAAGGAUAAUGCAGCUAUAUCUCUUACAUCAAAUAUGAAGUUGAGCCGCUGUAAGAACGUGUACAAACUUGAGGUUCUCAAUGCUACCAUUGAAGACAGUGGGAAAUACACCAUAACAGCAAAAAACAAAUUUGGACAAUGCUCUGCAACAGCAUCGCUGAAUGUCCUUGCUUUGGUUGAGGAACCUGCCAAAAUGAUUAUUGUGGAGAAAAGCUCUGAUGCUACCAGCAUGCAGGGCAGCUAUUCUGGCAAGCAUGUGGUAUCAAAAAUGCAAGAGACAUCCUUCAGCAGCUCCAGCAUGGCUGAAGUUAAAUUUGAGAGCAUGUCAUCAUCUAGCAUGACCUCCAUGACUUCUGAAACAAUGAUAGCUAUGAGCUCCAGCAGUAUGAUGGCAAUGUCCAGUCACUCGCAGGCGCAUGUUGAAGGGUCAUCCAUCAGAGCUGUUUCUUAUGGCCGUAAAGGUGCACCACCAAAGAUUGAAGUUGCCCCUGAAGACAUUAGUAUUGAGCCUGGGAAGGUCCUGACUGUAGCCUGUGCUUUCACUGGAGACCCAACUCCUUGCAUAGAAUGGUCACGUUCAGGAAUUACAUUGCCCAGCAAGGAGGAGAGUGGAAGGUUCCAGAUUGAGACAUCUCAAGAUCUCACCACUCUUGUUAUUAGUGGCGUGAAAGAGACUGAUGCUGGUGCAUACACCUUAAAACUUUCUAACGAGCUUGGAUCUGAUACUGCUAUUGUCAAUGUCAGCAUUCGAUCUAUGUAAAAAAUAAUUAUAUAUAUAUAUAUAUAUAUAUAUAUAUAUAUAUAUAUAUAUAUAUAUAUAUUUAUAAUAGUAAUACUACCCUCAUCCCAUUUCCCUCAUUCAAUAACUUUUUAUUUAUAGAAUGAGAAAACAAAUAAUCUGUUCUUGAUAUAGACCUGAAUUUCUGUUCUUGUAAAUAUGAACAAUGUUUAUACCAAACUUGACAUAAAUUUAUGCCAAACUAGACUAACGUCUAAAGUUGAUAAAAAAUGUGCCAUAUUGGAAAAUUAUGACCAGAAGUUCUGCACCAUUUUGUGACAUGUACAUAAUGUAUAUAGCAGAAUUUACCGGUUAUGGAAAUGUAUGCAUUGUUAUUUAUGACAAAAUUAUACUGAACAAAUUUAUGGAACUAAAUGUUUAACAGGAGAAAGUUUCACAUGAAACGAAUACCCAGUAUAACCUGAAACGAAACAAAACUAUGUGCCUCAACAAUAAGUUGAAGUCUUAAGAUUGCCUUAACAGGUAGAGAGGCUCCCUGUUGAUGUUUUACUAAAAUCAGAGAGACAAAGUUAUGCACUGUGCAUUUGUGCGUGCAAUAAUGCAAUACACAAGAAUUUAUGACGAACAUAAGACCUUGAGUGCUGUUUGCAUUACCCUCAUGUAAGCAGGACGACUAGGCCUUGCAUUCAGACUGAUGAAGUCAUACCACCAUGUUAAUGACAUGCUCAAUGUGUUAGCGGCCUACACAAUGAGCUAAUGAUAUUGUUUGUGCACAGUUUCUUUUAAAGGACUUCUUGAUUUUUGAUUUUAUGAAUGUAACAUCACCUGGCCAUUAACUGUAAAAUCAUUUCAAGAGCUUCUUUGCAGAGGCUGUGCCGACUCUUGGAGGAUUGCUAAGUUAUAUUUUGUGUGUUUGUGUGUGUUAGCAUUAGAAUAUUACUUUGUCAGUAGUCAGGGUAUGCAUCAAGCAAUGAACCACAGAGACUUCAUGUGCUGUGCAAAGAGAAAAAAUACAUUAAUGUAAUACCCUGCACAUUGAUUUAUUAGAACUAAUUUAUGUAGUAUUACCUAUAUAUUCAGCCUCCUAGAGUUUUUAUGAAUUUUUGAUUUAAUAAAGCAUGUUUUCAGCACCAUAA